AUGCUGCUGAGCCGAGGAGAGCGCACCGUUGCCAACCGGCUCGAAGAACUCCAUCUGCCCGUAUGUACAGCCCCGCGCGCCGUUUACCUCAGGCGAUUUCCCCUCAGCGUCGCACGGCGCGGGCUCUCAGUACUUGGAGCGUUUCUCCCGCCUUCCUUCCUUCCCGCGUAGGCGCUCCCUCACUCGCUCUCUUUCGCGCGCGGGAAAAGAGCCUGGGCCUCCUCCUCCGUCUUGGUGGCUCCUCCUCCGGAUGUCGGAGCCCGGCCAUUCCGAGCCGUGGUUACUGACGCUCGUUUGGUCUCCGGGGCUACCAGGCGCCGAAAGAGGGAGCGGGGCCCGGCCUACCUGGUAAGUGACGUCGGAGUUUGUCAGGGCAGCGGGGCGGGAAAGGGGCUCGGCCCUCCUUUCGGCCUCCGAAGCGCCCACCUGCCCGCUGCUGCCACCCUCGCCUUCCGUUCCUGGUUCUCCUCAAACGCCGAAGGGAGAUGAAGGAGACGGAGAGACUCACUGACAGAUGUGUUGUUGUUGUUUAUUAUUAUAUGAGCUUUCUGGCGAAUGGGUUUGGGCUUAAAAAGAUGCCUCAGGACUGCUUUCUUAGCUGAGGACGGAGGUGGCUGCCCCCCUGAAACUUAGUAGGGCACAUUCUGUGCAUCUCCUAGUCAAGGUGCCACAGGACUCUUUUUUUCCUACUACUGCUCCUUGGUUAGGUUUUCAUCCAAACUAAUGUAGUCCCACGCAUAGGGGGAGCAGGGGGGCGGUUGCUAUGGGCGUAGCCAGGAGGGGGCAGGGGCAGCUGCUCCCCCCAAAUCAAGUAAAUAAAUAAAACUACUUAACUAACUGCCCUCCACCCCAAAUAACGCUUUGCCUGCUCUAAAAAUAAAUUCUGGCUAUGCCCAUGGCAGUUCCCCCCUCCCCACCAUCAACGAAAUAAAAAUACUUAACUAAAAGAAAUUGUAGAAAGUUUGACAGGUUUUUCUGAGCACUUGGUCAAAAGAAAGUAAUUUAAAACAGCUUGUUGAAACAAUUCAUUCUGAAUCCGCUAGACAAAAGAGGAUGGCAGGUGGGGGGGUCCUGCCCCCCCCAUAAAUCCUGGCUAUGCCCAUGGUCCCAGUUUUGUAUCCUGUUUAGAAGUUCCUGAGCUUUGCUUUACAGUGGUACCUUUGGUUACAAACUUAAAUUGUUCUGGAGGUCCGUUCUUAACCUGAAACCGUUCUUGACCUGAGGUACCAGUUUAGCUAACGGGGCCUCCCGCUGUUGCGGCGACGCAACUUAUGUUCUCAUCCUGGGGCAAAGUUCUUAACCCGAGGGGCUACUUCCAGGUUAGCGGAGUCUGUAACCCGAGGUGUUUGUAACCCGAGGUACCACUGUACUAUUUUCCUCCUCUUCCCCACAUUGUUCUUCAAUAUUAACUCAGGUAGCAGGCUUAUGUCCUUGGGAGCAAGACCCAUUUUAUUCAGUGGGACUUACUUCUGAGUAGAGAAGCACAGGGUUGCGCUGUCAAACUCUGUUGAACUAAAUGCAUAACGUGAUGUGCAGCAAGAGAUACUUCAGUUUGGGGGAAAAUGGAUAGUUCUAGAUGGCAAAUACCUUCAGUCUGAAAAACUUUUACAGUGUUGCCCUCUCUGCCACUUUUGUGUUCUGCUCCCUCACUGAAGCACUUGCUAUAUGUGCAUGUACAUGUGUGAGCACUUAAAUAUGGACUAAAGAUGGAGUGGAAUUCUUCUGAAUAAAAUAAGACCUCAUGAGUAACUGUAGUAGACCAGUGUAUACUGUUAUGAGGUUGGGGGCGGGGUCAGUCUGGAUGAUAUCCUGGGUCCUUUUCCUGUAUCUGUGAGGGUAGAAUGUAUGAGGAUGCUUGCCAAACCAGUUUGUUUUUCAAUGUAAGUUUGACUGGCUACUUAAGUACCAUGAUUUAGCAUAUCCAAAGAAGUUGCUCUGUGUCACAGAACUAGAUGGGUGGGCCUUUUCCCACCCCUCUCAUCUUCCAAGUAGGUAGAAGAACAAGAGUCAGAGUUGCUGUGUGAGUGAGCAGGAAACUUUAAGAUGGAGAGACAUGCCUUCCUUUAUGCUGGACUUUGGGGCUCCCCUGGAAACCUAAAGGGGAAGCAAGAUCUAUGUGAAUGUUGCUGUUGCAAGUCUCUCCAUCCUAUGUUCACACUUUACAUAGUUGUAAAUAAAACCAUAUACUGUAUCCUAAAGACUCCACGGUCUCUUCUAACCAUCAUUCCAAGGAAACUGAACUUGGGUGAGUGCAUGACCCCUUGGAGUUUUUGUGGUCUCUCACUGCUUGGAGAUUGCAAUGGUGUGUAAACAAUAUGUUCUACAUGGCAAAAAAGGCGUUUUACCUUAAAACACAGUUGGUUUUUUUAUUAUUAUUAUUUCAUAAAAUUUAUAAACCACUUGAUUGUAAGCAACAAAACUCAAAGCAGUUUAUAAGAAAGAUAAAACAAUAAAAUCAUCAAUAAGAAAAAAUAACUACAAUUUAAAACUUUCAAAAAGUUGAAAUAAUAGACUGGAAACAGAUUAAAACUUGCAUCAACUUACUAAACAACUAACUAGUAGGCUUGUCUAAAUAAAAAUGAUUUUACCAGGCAUCAAAAGGAACACAUAGGGUCCCUGCUUGAUAUCACUAGGCAGGGAGUUCUAAAGUUUUGUUGAUGCCACGAUAAAAGAUCAGGUUCUUGCAGAUGUAGAACAGAUAUUAUGUAGCACCUUUACCACCUGUUCUGAUGAUCGAAGCAGCUGAGUAGGUUAACUGGCCCCAAGUUGUUAAGGGCUUUAAAUAAUAAUAGUAACACCCUGAACUUGGCCAGGUAGCAAAUCAGCAACCAGCGCAGAUCUUUGAUCAACCAGCAAGGCCUCACUUUUGUCAGCUAUCAUGCUGCAGCAUUCUGCACUAACUGCAGCCUCUGGAUCAAGCGCAAGGGAAGCACCACAUAAGAGUGCAUUGCAGUAAUCCAGUCUUGAAGUAACCAAUGCAUGAAAUACUGUGGCCAGGCCUUCCUGGUACAGCAGUGGCCAUAGCUGUCAAAACAAUUGCAGCUAGUAAAAGGCAAUUCUAGCCACUGAGGCUACCUGAGCCUCCAGUGAUAGAGCUGCAUCCAGAAACACCCUAAACUGCAAACGUGUUUCUUCAGGGAGUGCAACGCCAUCCAGGAUGGGCAGUUGACCAAUUUCUUGGACAAGGGAACUAGUUACCUACAUUGUCUCCAUCUUGCCAGGAUUCAAGCUCAGCAUGUUUUACCUCAUCCAUCUCACCACUGCAUGCAAGUAAUGGUCCUGGGACUGCACAGCCUCUCCUGAUUGUGAUGUUAUGGAGAAAUAGAGUCAAGUGUUAUCAGUAUACUGAUGGCACCUGGCCCCAAAACUCCCAGUGACCACUCCCAGCGACUUCAUGUAGAUAUUAAAUAGCACUGGAGGAGAUAGUGUUCUGCAGCAUCCCAUAACAUAGCCUGCCAGACUUUUUUUUCUAAAGUGUUCUCUUUUCUCGUUAUAGUACUAUAGCUAUAUAUUUCAAAUCCCCACUCCUUUUGUCUUUCCCUACAUCAUACAUCUCUCUAUAGAACCAUUCCUUUUUUUCUUCCUAUACCUCAUAGAACAUCCCCCACUCCGCAUUGUCCCUCAGCAAUCCCUUAUCUCUACUUUUCCUUCUGUACUUAAGUGAUAUAAAUCCAAGAUAAAACUUAAGAUACCUUGUGGGUAUACCUUUUGGGCUAGGAACCUUUGCUACCUACUAGAACACAAUUAAGCACCAUCUAGCAUGAAGUAAAAGAGCAGAUUAUCAUAAGCAAAACUAUUUUCUUCUUUUUUUAUUAAAAUGUUGCAUGAACUAUAAUGUCAGCAUAUUAUUGAAAAUUAGUCUUCUUUAGUACUUAGGUGAAAAAUAAAAUAUGUCCUAAAUUCCUGACCGCCUGAGAAUGUUACUCUAAUACCUUACUCCUUAUCACAAGGCAAUGCUUUAUACUUGUAAUCUUGUACUCUCUUUUGACCUACUUACUGUUCUAAUCCCUUUCGUUGAAAAGUAAUUAACUAAAAUAGCUUUACAAUGUUCUUAUAUAUGAUUUUGUAGCAUCCCUGUUGAUACAUUAAUACAGUGAGCUUUCUAUGUUAAGUGCUUUCUAAUAUUUAUCCUCUUCAGCCCCACAGUAUCCCUGCAAGAGAGGCUAUUAAUAUUAAAUGAUAGUAACUUGUCCAAUCCCACCAUAUGAAUUGUGGCUUUGCUGCAAUAGUGUACUGUUCUUAUAAAAUUUCCUAUUGCUAAUCAGUUAAUUGGAUGCUUACAAUAAGGUUGAUAAUAAUAGUAUUUAGUCUUUGUAUCCUUAAAAUUGUUCCAGGUAUUAUGACCCAAAAUAAGUAUCAGUCUUAUUUACAGCUUUGUUUCAGUUCAUUCAGUCCAACACCAGUCAGACCUUCCAAUAGGAUCACACUAGGCACUGUAUAAUAAUAGAAAAUUAUAGGCCCUCGUCUAUGGCUUACAGUCUAUGAAGAUACUGUUUCAGUUAGCGUAAUAGGAGGAAUUCUGGAUUGUUUUACUUAGAACAAGUAUGCUCAAAGUAUUGGGGUAUGUGGUCUACAUAGAAUAUGCUCAUAGAAGUAUGUGCUUGCUCCUCACUUGCAUGGCACAUGCACAUACAUGUCAAUUUAAAAUAACAGAGCCAUCUAAACCCCUGUGUUGGAGAGAAUUUGGUGGCUCUGCCUGGAUCCAUUGUGCUCCACCAGCAGGGGAUUUGUGCCACUAUAAAGGUUUCCUUUGUGUGUGCCAAAAAUGCUAUCAGGGUGUUUAUGAGAUGAGGAAGAAGUGGAACUGAGCUGUCCAAGGAGCCAGUGGAUCCUAAGGUGGUUCACCUACCGACAGUGGGCUCAAUCAGGGCUUCUCUGUUGUGCCAGCAAAACCUGGGAUGAAACUGUUCACCUUCCAUCAUGAGCUCUGUUCCACCCAGCCACUACCAGAUGGGAGAUAUGAUUGGUCCCUAAGUCCCUUUAAGUUCAAUAGGGCUUAUUCCAGUUUGAAUAUGAUUUCAGUCUUAUUAGUGGCCUUCUAUAGUUCCUUCUCUACUUCAGACAGUGUAAAGGCAGAACUACAUGUUAUAUGCUUUUUCACGUAAUCUCUCUUGUUUUUUCAGCUUUUUAAAUGCCAAAUAGCCAUUUGAAGGGAAGAUAAGUACAGGAGAAGUGGGGUUUCUUAAUGUUGCAACCUGCUCUGGAAUGCCUUUUUAUUAAUGAAAUCAAGCUAUAUAUUUUAAACAAAUAACUAAAACUUUUUAUUUUUGCUCAAUUUUCUCAUGGAAAUUUUGCCUUCUCAAGUGCUUUUACCUUGCAUGAAAAAUAUAUGUGGAUGGUCUGUGAUUCUACUUUGUUAUUUGGUACAGGAGAUCAGUUGGAUGGCUACCUGGUACUCCGCUAGGGUAUGUGAUGAAUGCGGUUAAGUUACACAGCAUUGAUCCAUUUUUUCCAUCUCUUUUCAUCUGGUCUGGCUCUAUGCCUAGGAAGACUGAGCUAUGCCAGUUCAUUUGUUGUUUGAGUUUUGUUUGCUGUAGUUAUAUUUGAUGAGGCUCAGCUGUGUAGUUGGGAAUACUCAGUAUGGCAAAUUGUAAGAACCAUAUUGCAGAGGACAAGUAAUUGAUGUAUUCACUAUUUUACAUCCUGAGUUUCCAAAAGGUUGUGUAACAGUUCUCCUCAUUUUAUUCUCAGAAUCCUUUCUUAUAGGUUAGGCAGAGAGCUAGUACAGUGGUACCUUGGGUUAAGAACUUAAUUCGUUCUGGAGGUCCGUUCUUAACCUGAAACUGUUCUUAACCUGGGGUACCACUUUAGCUAAUGGGGCCUCCCGCUGCCACCGCCAUGCGAUUUCUGUUCUCAUCCUGAAGCAAAGUUCUUAACCUGAGGUACUAUUUCUGAGUUAGCGGAGUCUGUAUCCUGAAGCGUCUGUAACCUGAAGUGUCUGUAACCCGAGGUACCACUGUACUUGGUCCCAGGUUACCCAGUAGGCUUCAUGGCUGAGUGGGGAUUUGCUGGGUCUGCCCAGUCCUAGUCAGACACUGUAACUACUAGACCAUGCUGGUGUUCCUAGUAUAGUAAUACUGACCAUAGUUAUGGGGUGCUCUUACAUUGAUCACUGAUAUUGGAGACUCAAGUAACCUUUGUAGUGAGGAGUUCCCUCUACCCAAUCCAGCUGGUAUGCCAACUACACCUGAUCCUGGGCAAAGAUAACUUCAUCACUGUGACCCAUACAUUAGAAACCUCAAGACUAGAGAAUUGUAAUACAGUGGUGCCUCGCAAGACGAAAUUAAUCCGUUCCGCGAGAGUCUUCGUCUAGCGGUUUUUUCGUCUUGCGAAGCAACCCUAUUAGCGGCUUAACGGAUUAGCGCUAUUAGCGGUUUAGCGGCUAUUAAAGGCUUAAAGGCUUAGCGGAUUAGCUGCUAAAAGGCUAUUAAAGGCUAUUAAAGGCUUAGCAGAUUAGAUAAAGGGGGGGGAAAGCGAAAAAAAAAUCUCAAGACUUGCAAGACAUUUUCGUCUUGCAAAGCAAGCCCAUAGGGAAAUUCGUCCUGCGAAGCAACUCAAAAACGGAAAACCCUUUCGUCUAGCGGGUUUUCCGUCUUGCGAGGCAUUCGUCUUGCGGGGCACCACUGUAUACUCUAUUUGGGACUACCCUUAAGGUUGGUUUCGAAGCUGUAGCUAUUGUAAAAUGCAGCCAGUAGGGGCACCCUCUCAUGUAACAUUGUACUGCUCUUACAGGAGUUAUACCAGUUGCCGGUAAAGUUUUUGCAUUUACAUAUAACAACUUGGGACUAGGAUAGCCAAAGUAAUGCCUUUCUUCCUGUUACCCUACAGCAGGCAUGAGGAAGUUUAUGGCUUCACAGACCAGAUUGGUCUUGUUGGCCAAAUUUGACAUGUGGGGUCCGCUCCCACUGUCAAUUAGUUGAAAUCACAAUGAUCUGGCACUUGGAAGCUCCAAAGUUGAGACUGCAAAGCAUCUCACAGGCAGCAAGUCACUACUAAAAUGAAGCGGGGAAGCAUGGGUUUGUCAGGGGCUUCAAUGCAAACCCAUUGGAGUGAUGUCAGGUGAUAGGUGGUAUGGUUUUGAGAAACUGGCCUCAUGGACCAAAUUGGAACACCUGGCAGGCCAAUAUUGAUUCUCCACCACUGCAUCGGAUAACAUGACAAUCAGGUGGUGAGGCCCUUCUAGUUGUACUGCAACCUCUGUAAAUACAAUAAACAGCCACUAGAGGAAGGACCUUUUUCUGUGAUGGUAACAGCAAUCAAAACUCUUGAGGAAUUAAAUUCAGUAGUUUCACUUUGCGAUCUCUGUUUUGAAGUUCAAGUAUGGCCACUUUAAGGUCAGUUAAUGAGAUUUUUGCCCAUUGGUCCUUUCAUGUAGAGACUGGGUGGUUUGUACUAUGUAGAAUGUAAAAGGACAUUGUUGGCAAAUCACGUAUAUCACAUUGGAAGAUGAUCAGAUAAAUGAAUGUGGAUGACAUUAUUAGGUCCUGUAAUAUGGUAAUUUAUCCAGAGUAGACAAAUCCAGCAUAGUCCAAUAGUGAGGGGACUUCAAGCAUCUGUUGAAGUGGACUAUAGUCCUUGAGCAUAGUCUUUAAGAUGCCACAAGAUGCUUUGUUGAUUUUGCUGCAACAGACAAAUAUGGCCACUUCUUUGGAAAUUGUUUAAAAUGUUUGCUUCUGCUUAAAGAAAGUAGCUUAUUUGACUUCCAACUUCUCUAAACAAGUCUGAUGCACAAGAUUCAUACUCUGAAAGGUAAAUAGUGACAAGUUCAGUCAAAAGGAAAAGAGUAAUAAUUUAUAAGGGAACUGUAGAUAAUGAUGCCAGCCAGUCGUUUUAAAGUGCAUCUAUCUCACCUUUAAUGAAUUAGAUUUGUCAACAAUGUAUGUUUUAUGCACUACUUCUAAUGAAAUGGCAUGCCAGUAACGCGGUGUACUUUGAGGUUUCCUCUAUCAAAGCUUUUUGCUGUCUUAAAAUAGACCUUUUAAAUAAUAGAUACUAAAAACUACAUUUAAAUAACAUUAAGGUUGUGACACAGACACCAAAUGACAAACUUCAGGCAAUUCAAAGUCUGACAUCUUGUCAUUAACUCAUAUUGUUGUUUUUUAAAAAGAAUAAGCACAAUAGCAUGAUUUAAGGUUGACUGUCAGCUUAACUUUAUAUAUCUUGGCUUUUGUUAUUGGUGUCACAACCUUAAUGUCAUUUUCACUUAGGCUUUCACAUUUCUUUUGCUAAAUUCUUAAAGGAAAAAAAACUGAAUGGCACAUCUAAAACACAUAAAUAGCUUCUUCAAUAGCUUAUUCUGAGCCUCAAACUAAAAAUCUAGAAACUCUAUUUUAGGGUGGGGUGCUUCCAGCUAAAUUGCCAAUGCUUUGUUUGUGUGUCUGCCCCUACCAAGCACAGAAACAGAUUCCUAUAUUUAAUUUCCUUCUAUUCAAGGCAAUUAAGAUUUUAAAUGUUCAUUAUUUUAAAUAUAAGCCCCAUUAUAUAAUAACACAACACAUGCAUAAGUGCUUAACAUUUGUUAUUUGACACAUUUUAUUUGCCAACCAAUUGCACUUGCAAUUCUUUUGCAUUUGUUUUAUGGAAAUGUUGUUUAUUUAAACUGUAUUUGAUUAAAAUAUUUCUGUCUUACCAUUCUGCUUUCCCAAAAGCACUCAAGUCAGCUAAUGGGAUAAAACUCAAAAGAUACCUAAAGUACAAAAAUCAAACAAAUCUAUCCAUCUAUCUAUGAAUGAAACGUUUAGCAAGAUCACAAAACCAAAAAUCAGAAAAGCAGGCAAAAUGAUGAAAAACCACUGCAGCUUCAGAAUCAGGAUCAUUCUAAAAAGCCUACCUCAAAUGCCUUCCAAAAUAAGAACAUUUUAAUGGAUCACCAGAAGGCAAGGGGCAGUUUUGCCAAACAAGAUCCUUGAGUUAUUUGGCCUGGGUAUAAUGUCCCAUGACUCGGCUUCCUCACCUCAAAUAGUGAGGGGACUCAAAUCAUGGCCUCCUCUGAACAGAACAGAAGAUUCAUUUAAGAGGAGGCAAUCCUUGAGAUAUCUAGGUCUCGGGCUAAUAAAAGCUUUGGAAAUGAAAUAUUUUCAGUAUCUGGGUGUAUUUAAAUCUGGCUUCAGACCUGGUUUUGUUACUGAAGCAUUCUUGGUUACCCUGAUGGAUAACCCCUACUGGGAGAAGGAUGGGUGGAGUGUGGCCCUGUUAAUUCUGGAUUUCUUUGUGGCUUUCAGUUCCAUUUACUAUAGAAUCUGGAUAGGCUGGCUGGGGGGUUGUUAUGCUAUACCUCUGUGGUUCUGGUCCUGCCUGGUGGACCAACUCCAGAAGGUGGGAUUUGUGUUUUGGAGGUCACUCAGGGUUCAGUAUUGUCUCUCAUGCUGCUCAUAAUGUACAGGAAAUUUUGGAUGUGGCUAUCGAAAGACUAAAGUAGCAGCAGUACACAAAUGACACCAGCAUUCAGUUCUUCUUUUAUUCAUCUGAGUGCUGGUAGAUCCAGAUUUGAAAUGAGAGGUUGUGGCAGCCAUGGCAUGCGGCAUCUUUCACUUGCCAAGGCAGUUAUUGUUGGGAUACUGCCAGGGAGACAAAAGCCAUCAUGCCCCCACGCCGAUGCCGGACGAUCCAUCGAUCUCCCGUAGAUACGCAGUAUCAGUCAAUUAGCGACACGAGCCUCAGAAAUAACAUGCCACAUUCCAAGGCUGGUGUACGCCCUUUCAGCAGAGUUCGCACAACGAAAGGUGCACUCAGGAGAGCAUUAUUUACAACUUUAUUCAGCGUUGAUCAGAACAAAGAAAAAACAUGACUGCCUGCUUGCGUGUCCAGACGCAGAGAGAGAACGAAAGCAAUAAACAAAAAAAAACUUCCUGUGAACAGGAAAUACGCAGGCUGUGACACAACAACCUGCUCCCUUUUUAAGGUGGAACGGAAAUAUCCUAACAGUUAUAACCACCCCUGGACAGAGGGUGCCUGGCCAUGGUUAUCCCUGCUCUGGUUAACUUCCAGGUUAGACUACUACUUCAGUGUCUGGGUUACAUGAAAAUUUCAGUUAGUCCCAAAUACAGCUUUUGUAGUUGACUUGAAGUAAGUUAAACGGUGGAGCUCCUUGCCCCGAGAAAAUCACAAUGGCAAAUAAUUUUGAAAUUUCCAAAAUGGAUUAGAUAUCAAUACAAAAUGAUGCUGGUAAUUACUAACUAAUUAUGCCAAACUCUGCCUUUACCUGCCACUAUUUUGUCAUUGGAUUCACCCCUGUACCUUUUGACUGAGGCUCAUCGGUUUUGUGACUGUUGGGCUCAUAUUUUUCCACCUUCUGAAGUGGGAGGAAAUGAGAACCCCUGUUGCAGAGAAUUGCUCUUAGAAAGUUUGGAUAUGCUUUCUGAAAAUAACUUUAUGUACUAAGUCUCUGUAGGAAUAUUGUUUGUUACAUGGUGUGACACUGGAAAGUAAUAUAAAUCAGAUUCUUAGGUUGUCUUCCAUUCAGAUACAGCAGCCUUCUGGCCAGUUUUGUGAUCUCAUUAGUUGCUUAGCAAAUUAAGUGGUGAAGAAAAACUUUAACAAAUAGCAGAACUAGAAAUGUUGGAAAUAGUUGUGUUGUCCUAAAAAAUAAAAUAAAGAAUUUUCACUCCCUUGAAGGCAGUGGUGUUGUACAUCCUCCAUGAGCAAGGGGAGACCCACAAUCAUAUCUGCAUGCAUGGUGUGAGCCAAAACAUUGUUUUGUUUUGUACUCUAGAUUUUGUGAUUGAGCUGUGGCGGCUGGCAUCAUGUGUGGCUAGUAUUACUUGGUGGUAAAGGACUUGAAAGCAUAUGCUGUAGCUCAUGGGUAGGCAAACUAAGGCCUGGGGGCCGAAUCUGGCCCAAUCGCCUUCUAAAUCCGACCCACAGACAGUCCAGGAAUCAGUGUGUUUUUACAUGAGUAGAAUGUGUGCUUUUAUUUAAAAUGCAUCUCUGGGUUAUUUGUGGGGCAUAGGAAUUAAUUCAUCCCCCCCCCAAAAAAAAUGUAGUCCAGCCCCCCGCAAGGUCUGAGGGACAGUGGACCGUCCCCCUGCUCAAAAUGUUUGCUGACCUCUGCUGUAGCUGUACACAGAGAGAGCAUUUUCUGUAAGCUCUACCCUCAUGUGGCUGGGACUCUGCUUCUUUGCACCCCAGGUUGCAACCAGAUACCAGAACUUUGUUUUUCAAGAGUUAGUAAUACUGUGAAUUUCAAUUAGAGAACAAUUCAGUUCACACAAAUAAUCUCUUCCAUUCUGCCUCUCCAUAUUAUUCAUUUGCUAGCAAUGAUGUGUGUCAUUUGGGGAGGGGGCACAGUGCUAUCACAUCAUCCCUCAGCACUAUUGGUGAGGCAGGUAUUAGGAUUGAGCAAAGUAGAGAGUUCGUAAAAUAUUUUAUGGUUUCUCUCCUGAAAACGUAAGUUUCUGAAAUUAUUUCUGAUCUUCCCCUUUUUAUAAGUUUUUAUAUAUGAUGUUUCUUUCAUUCUGUAGUUUUUUUUUCUGUGCAACUCAUUUUAUUUGGUCUUACUUUUUAAAAUACAGUCCCAGUUGUUUACCUACUAAUCCCAUGAAUCUACAUUAAACAAGCAGUUUAUAUCAAACUCCUGGCAGCCUUGGUUUAAAAUUAAAAUACAUGAUUUACUGUUGAAGUUGUCAAGACUGGAAAUAAUAUUUGUCCAGCUGGACAGCUUUCUUUUGUACUUACUAAAUGAAAGUUGAGAUUCUGUCUCCUUCAUGAAAGCUUCUGUGUCAAGAAGGUAAUUUGGACAGUUUGUGCCUUGACAAGGAUUAUUAAAAUCAGAUGGAGUGAAGGGAAGUGAGUGUGAGAGAGCAAAAUUGACACUGACACUCUCUAUUAUUUGUGGCUAAGAUCAUGAUGCCUGAGUUGAUAGAUUUUAAAUGUUAGAUUUAUUCAGACACAUUAAGCAGUGAACACAGUACAACUGAAUUACAGUUGGGUUCUCAAACACUAGGAGAUGUACUCUUUGCUUUAAAAAGUCAAUUUCAGUAGUUGUGAGUUGAUAUAAACCCAUAGUCCAUGUUCCUUCUCUAUAACAUAACUAGUAGCAGAAAUGUCAAAGGAAGUGAAACUGAUGAUUACAUAGGGAAGGAAAUUAUGAUAGUUUAUUUUUCUGCUUAUGUAUUCUGUGAGGAAUUUGGAAUACAAAAAUUCAUGAAUCUGAAUAUUAUGAUAUAGUGUUCAAUGGUAAAGGACCAAAGAAGAAAUAUGAGACAGAAACUAAAGAGGCCUCUGAAUGCAUGCAGCUGCUUAUGCAUGUGCACUGGUAUUCUAUGGAUUCUCUGUUGUAGCUGUAGCUCCCUGUGCUGCAUCACAGGCUGCCCCAGAGUCUACCAAGUUUUUCUGUAGCAGUUUUUGCUGGAGGAGAUACAAAGGUCUAUGGCAGGAAGUGGGGAGGAAUGGCUCAGGAGUUCUGAAGUGCAUGCAGAAACUUUGGGCCAUUUUCACUGCUGCAGCUCUAUUGGCUCAAAGAACUUGUAUGUGUGUAUGUCUUCCUUUUCCUCUCUUGUACCCUCCAGCGCCACACACUCUCAAAAUCAGCUUCAGAGGUAUGGGAGACUCUCUGUAGCAGAUUCUGGGAGCACAGGGGAGAGAAGGAAACAGAAGUCAUAUUGCAUCAGCAGAAUCCUGCUGGCCCAGCACUGAAUGGCACCCUUCAUCUCUUCAAAUUAUUCAAAUUAUUCCCAUGCAGAAGAAGGAAGUUUUAAAAUCAAGCUGCUUACUUUGUAUGAUUUUAAGGAAUUGUUCAUAAAUAUGAAUAAAAUGUAAAUAUGAUACUUUAUGAUUAUAAUGUACAAAGUAGUUAAUUGUUUCAUUAUUCAUUGACAAAGUUACAGGAGGGUGCCAUUUGAGGCAACAAUGGCUUGAUAACGAUAAAGAAUUGUCUUACCCCAUAUGUUCCCACUCAGCUGCCUCAAUCUGUGGAUGGCCGCUUACAUGUGCCACAUAGUUGUCUGAGACAUGGGCUCAUACAAUAAUAGGAGGAGUGCAAGGAUCUCUUCUUCAACCUUGCUUUCUGUUUGGUUUCAGAGAUGUUAAUAAAGAAUGAUUUCAACACUGAAAACUUAGUGCAGCAGAAUAUAACAUAAGGGGACACUUUUUCUAAAAAAUACAGUGGUACCUCUGGUUACGUACUUAAUUCGUUCCAGAGGUCCGUUCUUAACCUGAAACUGUUCUUAACCUGAAGCACCACUUUAGCUAAUGAGGCCUCCCGCUGCUGCCGCACCACCGUCACCCGAGGUAUUAUUUCUGGGUUAGUGGAGUCUGUAACCUGAAGCAUUUGUAACCUGAAGCGUAUGUAACCCAAGGUACCACUGUACAAUUUCAGAUAUAAUAUCAGGGAUUAGUUGAUAGAUGACAGAGCUUCAUACUGUGGUCAGGAAUUGGCAGCCAUAGUUUAGUAUGAUCAUACUUGCCAGUAAAGUGGUAUGUUGAAGACAUUAUUAAUAAAUCUGGCUAGACAAACAGUAGCUUUUAAAAUAGUUGAAGGUGAUAUGAUAGAUAACAUUGCCUUUGGUGCAUAUGCUCAAGUAUAUUGUCUCAUUGUUUCUAAUAAAACAGAUUUUGAAGCAUUCCAGAAAUCUACAAAAUGUGAGUGUACUGUUGGCAGUGAUGCCUCUACCAUACCACUGGUCAACACUCUGAGAAUGCUGUCAUCUCCAGCCUAAAAUAACAACUUUUAAAGAUCCUCAGAGUUUUAAUGGGCAUGCUAAUUUGGUACCUAUUGUUCUAUGUUCACUGCACUUCACUGAAUUAUAACCUGCCAAGCCUUUCUUUUAACAUUCCUGGGAUUGUGGACAAAGCCAUAAUACCUUAUUUUGAUUCAGUUUCUUAUAUCCAGUCACAGAGCUGUCCUGUGCUUAAAAAAGAGCAGAUAGUUUUACAAAUCUGCAUCUAUCCUAAUUUAGCCUCCUUUGUUACUUCUUGCCACUUCUUAUCUCUUGCCAUUUUUAAAAUAUUGGAAGCUGACGUGAACCUGCAGAUGGCAACAGGGUGUAAAUGUAAAUUGAUACAUCUUAUUAGGUCUCCUUUGGAUGAUUGUGCCAGAGCAUGAGCUGAUUCUGACGUUACUUUUUGUACUUUGCUUCCUGUUGCUAAAUAUAAAAUAAAUGCUUGUCCCACCAAGUACCGUAUUUUUCGCCCCAUAGGACGCACUUUUCCCCCUCCGAAAAUGAAGGGGAAACGUGUGUGUGUCCUAUGGGGCGAAUGCAGGCUUUCGCUGAAGCCUGGAGAGCGAGAGGGGUCGGUGUGCACCGACCCCUCUCGCUCUCCAGGCUUCACGCAGCUCUCCGCAAGGCGCGGGAGCCUGGCGCUGGGCUCCCGCGGCUUGCGGAGAGUUGCCUGCAUGCCGAAGGCUGGGCGCGCUGAGCUCAGCACGCCCAGGCUUCGCGCAGCUCUCCGCAAGGCGCGGGAGCCCGGCGCCAGGCUCCCACGGCUUGCGGAGAGUUGCCUGUUCUGGGGGCUGGGGUCGGGGGAAGCUUGGGCUUCCCCCGCCCCAGCCCCGCACCUGGGGGGGGGAAUUAUUUCCCCCCUUUAUUUCCCCCCCCAAAACACUAGGUGCGCCUUAUGGGACGGUGCGUCCUAUAGGGCGAAAAAUACAGUAUGAACUUUUAGAAUUGAAUAUAUAUCCCUACUUUUAAAAAAGUUUUGAAACAGUGACCUGAAUCUUUCCCUUAGAUUUGUACCUUGCUUGAAAAAAAAACAUUUAAAUGGAUGAAUGCAGAUUCUGGGGAAUAUGUUGGCUAAUAUUUACUGAUUACUUUAUUAAAAUGACACGCUCUGAAAUUCUGUUUUAAUUCCCAUAAUAAACCAAGGAAAUUGCAUGAACCUAACAUUGGCAAAUACAAUGUUUGUAUUUUCACAAUAGAUUGUAAUUCGUAUUGUAGAAAACACACAAAUGGGAUGUUUUCUUUUUCUUAUAAUCAGCAAAAAGUGUACCAAAGCAUGAGCAUUUUGCAGAAGCAAUACGGUAUUGUUAAAUUCAAACAUUUGAAAACAGUUUUGUAGCCUAUGUUAAAUAUGAAUUAUUUUUGGUGGCUAAUUAUUUAAUAUGAAUUUUUAUGUGUUCUGUUUUCUGUAGAGAAUAGUAUCUGAACACUGAUGUGACACCUAUGCCCUCUGGUGAGUCGUUGUGGAGGACACAGAUGCGUCUCCAGCCUUUAGCCACCCUUUUGCCUUGGUUCUGCCCAUCGGGUGAGUUGUACUCUUGUUAUGGAGGCCCUCCAUUCCAGAGUGACCUACAUGAGAUCAGUAACAAAAAAUACAGUCCCUGCUCUCUGUUACCAGAUCAGCUUGUGUGCUAGUACACACACGUGUGAAUUUAUAUCUUAGGUAUGUAUGCAGACAAAAGGUUAUUUGGGGGAAUUAGCUAUACUGACCUUUGUAUCUUUACAGAAUAUGAAUGUGUGCUACAGACAGGAUUGCAUUGACUAGUUUGCCUUGGGGAAUUUUGCAAUAAUUAGUAAGAAACCAAUAUUAGUGUGCUGGCUUUUGAGAGCUCGCCGUAAGCACACCAGGGAGCCUGAGGUAGCUGGUUUCUCUGCAUAGUCAGGGGUCAGCGAACCUUUUCAGCAGGGGGCCGGUCCACUGUCCCUCAGACCUUGUGGGAGGUCAGACUAUAUUUUUUUGGGGGGGAAAUGAAUGAAUUCCUGUGCCCCACAAAUAACUCAGAGGUGCAUUUUAAAUAAAAGGACAUAUUUUACUCAUGUAAAAACGCACUGAUUCCCGGACCGUCUGCAAGCCAGAUUUAGAAGGCGAUUGGGCCAGAUCUGGCCCCCGGGCCUUAAUUUGCCUACCCAUGGCAUAGAUGAUGGAUUCCCCAUCUCUGCUGCAUUUUGACUGUUGAGGGAGGAGCUCACUAUACAUGGUCUUGUAUAUCCCAGUAUGCUUCAUUUCUCUUAUCAUUUAGCAUUUCUGCAAUCAAAUUUUCAAAUAUAUUUAAUCUUACUAUUUAUCUUCUAUUUUUAUUAUCUAAUUUAGUAUUUGGAAAUGGAGUGGGGAGGUGAAUAUUCUCUUGAUUCUUCCAACUUGGAUUGUUUGUUAAACAUACUUCCUGGAGAUUUGGAGUUUCAGCAGAUACUUGGUGACAUUGAUGAGAAAAUAAAGAAAAAUGCUUCUAGGUAAGCUGUGUGGUAUUGGGGCAGAAGUCAACUUCAGUUGCAUUUAUGCUGAUUGCUACUGCUUUUGUUAGGUAGUUUUCUGCAACCUGAUUUUAAAAAUUCCAUCAGUUACUUAUAUACUUAUCCUUAUUUCAUUCUAAAAAUGAAACAUGUACUUCCCUGGAUCAAGAAACUAGUACCAGAGUCAGACCUGAUAAAAGAAUACAUUGAGAGAGUAUACAUUGUAUUGCUACCAAGACAUUCAGGUGAGGGAAACUCCUUCAAUAUAAUUGUUCCUCCCCUCACUAUUGGUUAAAGGAUAUAGUGCUGAAAGCCCCGUGGAAUGCAUGGUUCAUUAAAUUCAAAAACAUUUCAGUGCUAUUUGGCAAGAAUUCAGCCUUGAGACUGCUAUGCACCAUAUUAAGUCAGAAAUUAUUUUGCUAAAUGAGUUAGAAGAUUUUGUGAAUAUACUUAUUGAAAUUUGGAGUUCUGUGGCUGGCCUAUUAAUAAACUGGAACUGAACUGAUAUAUAUUUUGCUAUAAUGAAGCAUUGUGGUUUUUAUGAAAGUGAUGGCUCUGUGCCUAAUCCUAAUCCUUCUAUCAAUGUUAGGACAAAUUAUUGGAAACAUUUUGUUCUGUAAAGGGUUGUAGUGGCUUGUAAUAAUUGGUUAUCACAUAUCAGGUAGAUUAGUCUCAAACCUUAUUUUUAAUGGAACCAGGUUUAGGUAACAAACAAUAGUUGAGCCUUUACAGUUCACAAAGCUAUAAUUCAUUAACUUUGAUUAAGUGAGACACAUUAGAUACUACAAUAGAAGUCUUUGACAAAAUGUCCCAGAAACCAAAGUCUAUGACUAGUGCAUUGAGUUUCAGAUUCCUAAGACAGGCUUAAAUAAGUUACGAAGAUACAUCCUGGUUUUUUAUCACAUUUAGAACUAGUGUUGGAAUGGUAUAUUAUAUCUGGAAGUUGAGUGUGGACCAUAGGGUAUUAUUUUCCAUAGUAGUCCUUGAAUUCAUGAAAAGGUUCUUUGAUAAAGAUAAGAUAUUUGUUUCAGGGGCACCAUUUCGAACCCAUUCUUUCUCUAAGGUUUCUUGAAAAGGCCUUUGAAUGUGCUUGAUAGGCCACCCAUACUUGAUUACUUUUUAAAGACGCUUUCAUAUAUUACAGUCAUUAGUAUGGUUUCAGAGGAUGAUCCAAUAGGGGAAAAUUGCAUCUUUAUCAGGUUAGAUAGCAUCUGCAAUGUUUAGAUAUUUUUGAACUUUGUUUAAAAUGAUACAAUCAGCACAUCAACCAUGGCUUCCCAAAGAAUCCUGAGAGUUGUUAGGAGACCCCACAGAGCUGCAAUUUUCAGAAUGGUUUACCCUUCAAUUUUCAGGAAACCCUUGAGAAUUGUAACUCUCUGUUGUAGACUGGUGGGACGGAGAGGAAUGAUGGGGAAAACUGCUGGGGAACCCCCAAGGGAAGAAGGCUGGGAACAGGAGGUGUUGAAAGCUUAAAGAGUAACAGGGCUUAGUGAGCUGGGAGAGUCUGUGGCAGAGAGGUCAAGAAUCGGAGGCAGAAGCUGAAGUAAGUGAAAGGAGGGAGGUCAAGAGGCAGUGAUGAGUCAGGCGGCUGAAGAGCCAUGGGUGUCAAAGAGCGAGUCGGCAGUAAAUCACACCAUUCAGAGUUGGAGUUAAAUCUUUAUUAGCAAAAAACAUGAUAUUCACAGGGUUGACUGUCAUUAGUGAGACCUAAUGAACACAGCAGCUAAUCCCCAUUAGCUCUUACCCCAUUAAUCAGUUGACAAGACUGAAAGUCCCCACCUCCCCACAGCCAUGUAAGUCUCCUCCUCUGCUGGGCUUUUCCCAAGCAAUUGGAAGCUGCACCUGUUGCUACUGCGCUCGUUUCAGCCCUCUUCUGGUUCUAGCAGAUGGGAGGGAGGGGAGCGGAGCUUGUCUCCGCAGGAAAACACUGUGGCAAAGAAUUCAGCCCCCAAAUGGAUUACAUAUUUGUAGAAAAUGGUGUCAGUAAUUACCAGCUGAUUAAACCUGCCACCAUUUUGUGACUGGCUUUUCUCCUGCACCACUGUUAUAUUACUAGUGAACUUCAGUAAUUUUCUACCCCUGAGGGUAGAAAGGAUAAAAUAAUCCCUGUUUUAGGAGUGAUGGAAAUUGCUGAUACAAAGCACACACAUCCAAUUGUUUUUAAGGUUGUAAGGUGGUGAUUAACCCCAACUGUAUUAUGACACGUGCACAGUGAGGCCUGCUCACCAGGACAGGCUUCUGCAUUGAUAGUGUCCAUAAAACUAAAUUACUGUUAAUAUGGUAAAUUAAAGUGUUAUAUAAUAUAAUGCUAUUUAAUGUUGAAUACUUUGCCGUAAAUGAUAAGUAUUCAUUUUUAAUGUUUGCUUCUUUUCUACUUUAGCAUGGAACAGUGUCUUAAGGAGCUACAAUCAGAAAUAAAUGAAACUUGUCCUGAUGAAUUGCUACAAGACACAACUGACUGCCUUCAGUGGUUAAAUAAUUGCAGUUUCAGCUCAAUCAAGCCAUCUUCAACCCCUCACAGAGAAUUGAUCAAGUUUCUCCAAACACUGGUAAAAAUGCUGUUGUUUUAUGCCAUAGUUAAAAAUUAUUUUCUUUUAUUAAAAAAAAUUGAAUAUCAUGCAAUGCAGUAAGAAACAAACUAAUUAAAUGAUAAAAAAGAAAAAGAAAGAUAGAGUGAAGAAAAUACAAAUUCCUUUCUCAAACAUUGAUCUUAAUCCUUGUCUCGCAUAGAAGGGGGUGGAUCCUCCCAGCUCUCACCUCAGAGCUUCCCUUUCUUCUUCAACCUCCCAGCCUUGAAGAUCUUCCCUUCCCUGCCUCUCACACAGGGUCCUUCACCAGCCAGCCAUCAGCUUCAUGUGUGCACAGUCCUCUUAAUGAUAAAAAAUAAUAAAAGAAUGAGAAAAGAAAAAAGGGGAAAGUGGAAGGUAUGAAAAGUGCUUCUGCCACAGAUUAGGAUGAAGAAUCAGCAUGGGGAAGUUGGUGUCAGCAGCAGAUCCCUGGACUGGCCACCUCUUCAAGCCUCCUUCCUGUGGUGCUUCUCCUGCCAGGCUGACUCUUCUAAGGGGUUAAUGGGGUAGGGAUUGAGAUCUAGGGGGCAACAGGUAGGGUAUCUGCAAGGUCUAGGGAGUGGGGUAGUUGGAGCUAGUGAGCCAGGGGUGCAGCCUCUGGUAUUUAAAUAUUUUGUUAUUGUUGAUCUUAAUGUGUUUAAUUAUAUGCUUGUCGGGUGUCCCCCCCAUUUUUUGCAUUUUAUAUGUUUGUAUUUUACUUGCCAAAGUUUGUGUUCCUCUUCAUGCUGUUCAUUUGCACAAGGCUUCUGUUUUCUGAAGGAAACCUUCUUUCCUCUUUUAGCUUCUUUGUCUUAGCUCAUUAACCUUGUUGGCAUCCUCUUGAAAUUGGUGGUACUUUUCUUGAUCUGCAGUAAAAUUCUAGCUGAACUGUUAUUAUGGCUUUAAAGAAUCACAAGCAUUUUAAAGAGAUUGAACCCUCUUGAUUAAGUGGCCUGUAAUUUCCUAGUUUGCUCCUCUCUUUAUUACGUCAUAAAAAUUGGUAUUAUAUUUAGCUAAAGACUAAAUAAUUAAAAUGACUUUAAAACCAUUAGUAUAAAGACUUGUGAUUUUAGCGGCAAUUUCUUUCUUUUUUUAAGUAAACCUGUAAUUUCACAUUGAAUUCCCGAAGAGCCCCUGUAGAUGUCACUUGGAUCCAGUGAUUUGUUAAUUUUCAAAUUGUUAAUUAGCCUAGAGCUUCAAAUCUCAUCACUUCUAUUUGACUCAUUUCUUCAGACAUCUUCCUUGAAAAAAAUGAUUCAGGCAUGUGUAAUUAUCUUUUUUCUUCUGCAAUUGUUCAGCUAUUUGAUCCACUGUAUACAAUAUACAAGACAGAAUAAAAAGCAUAGGUUUUUGUCACACACAUAUUGAAAGCUAUUACUGAAUUUAUGUAAUUAAGUUUUAUUUACUGGCAUUUUGUUUAAACAUUCUGAAAUCAGUUAAAUCAGAGUUCUAGAUUCUGAGUGGGUAUCAGCUAAUGAGUCCUGUCAGUGGAAGCUCCAUGCAAGGACUGCCUCUUGCACAAUGGGGCUGUCUCCCCUCUCCUCCUUCCAUGCACGCCCCCCUUAAAUUGGCAGGAAUCAGGAGAACCCCUAGAACAGCACACCAGGGGUGGGAUCAUUCCAUCUGGCAAUCCAAAAUGCACUUUAGCACAACAUUGAAUUCAUUCCUCUGAUAAUAUUUUUUGGAAAAAUGAAUAUAUUCCGAUCUGUAAUCCAUCAAGAUUAAAUGUGUAAAGUGAUCAGUUAAGAAGAGACAAGUACAAAUAUUCUGUAAGGUACUAUGUAAAUUCUUAGCCUGAAAAUUCUAACACCUUAAUAAAAAUCAGUACAAUUUUUGUUUGAACUGUGAGGAGCUUAUUAAAGCAUUUAUAAAAUUGUGGUAUAUUUGCAAAUUAACUUGAUUGUGUUUGGUUACCACCAAUAAAAUACACUCAUAGGAUAUGUACAGUCUACUCUGAAAGAGCCUGCGUCCACCAUUUUGGAUACAUUUCUUCCGAUAGGCACCUGCAGCACUGUUUGAAGCCUUUUGAAACCUUGACUUUCAAAUACAAAAGCCUGCCUUAACAUAGGCAGUUUUCAAAAAGACUUUGAAAUUGGAAACUAAGCUUGCAAAGCUUCAAAGCCAGCUGCAGGAACUCUUCUUUUAGGAGUACCAACUCCAAAAUGGUGUGUGUAAACCACCUGGUGACCAUUUUAGGGAUGUAUUUUCAAUUUGAAACGACUUUGAACACUGCUUAGGUUUAGGUAGGCUUUUGUAAUUGAAAAUAUUUCUGUUUAAGCUUCAAAAGCAGCAGCACUUUCUUGUGGAUGACAUUUUUGGAUUCAUAUUCCAUAAGAAAGAAGCCCAUUGGCUGGUUUGAAAGCUAUUGAGCUUUUAUGCUAUCUUUAAUAAAAUAGCAUAUUUGACAAUCUCAUAGAAAGUUAAGAUUGUUUAAAUGUAAUAUUUCUCAUAACUUCCCAUAUAUCUUGAAGAUUAGUAAUUUCUCUGCUAAUCUGCUCUAGGAAUUGCAAAAAUAGUGAGUGGAUUAAUUUGUAUCUGUGCAUUUGUAUAUUACGUACACAAAUACGCCCUGUUAUUUAAAAUUAUAUUAUUGUGAGUCCAUGUGUAAUAUAAUGCAAUAUUACACUAUUCUCUCCUAGAGUGCAAAUAAAUAUUGUACUUUGAGAAACCAAUAGGGGGUUAAAAAAAUCCUUUUUAUUAAGACAUAUUACAUGUAUAACUAAACACAGUAAUAAAAUACAUAUAAUGAAACAGAAUUCAGGAAGAGGUUGUUAAACUUCUGGCACCACCCUGAGAUCUUUAGAUGAAGGAUGGUAUACAAACAAACAGCUUUCCUUCCUUUCAAAGUCCCUGGUGGGCAUUGAACAGGAUGGCAACUGCUACCGCUGCUCCCAUGUAAAGCUAUUCAGAAUUACUUCUUUCUCUAAAAGAAGCCACCCACCAUUGGGUCAGUGCUCCUAGAACCUGAUGUGUUUUGGGACUGGAGCGUGACAAGUAAUCUGGACUUUGUUUUAUAGUUGAAUUCAUUUUUGAAGCCUUUGCAGAGUCUCAAGAGAGUGAAUUUAAGCAAUCUUUUUCAGCCAUGGGCCGAUCCACCAUCCCUCAGACCAUGUGGUGGGCCGGACUAUAUUUUGAAAAAAAAUAAUGAACAAAUUCCUCUGCCCCACAAAUAACCCAGAGAUGCAUUUUUUUAAAAAGCACACAUUCUACUCAUGUAAAAACACCAGGCAGGCCCCACAAAUACCCCAGAGAUGCAUUUUAAAUAAAACGACACAUCCUACUCAUGUAAAAACACGCUGAUUCCCAGACUGUCCGCUGGCCAGAUUGAGAAGGCGAUUGGGCCGCAUCCGGCCCCUGGGCCUUAGGUUGCCUACCCAUGAUUUAAGCUGUUGAUGACACUCAUGCACUUGUGAUCUUCUCUAGUUUUGUCUGGGUAUGGUGGGCUACUCCUCCUACAGGAGGAAGCAAAUUCCAUGGUUAUGCCUUUGAGCUCCAAGAGGAUCUCAGUGGUGUUCAAAGAUAGAAGUUUAUAGGUAGGAAAUUUACAUUUUCUCCCCUUGAGGGACCUUAUUUUAAUUCUAGAAAGCUUAAAGAUACCUAUGGCUAGUCAUACAGUCCAUAGACUAACUAUUGUAUGAUUCACGUAUAAACUAAAACAGUCAAUUGUGAGUUAAAUGAAUUGUGUCCAUUAUUUUUUAUUUUUGUUCAGCUGUCAUAAUCAUGGAAAUUGCUGUCAGCCAUGUCUGUGAUUUCCAAAACAACCCAUUUUGUUUGUCUGCAUUGCCAGGGGGCCAAGACUGCUUGCACCAGCAAAAAAGUACUACGUAAAUCAGCUCAUUUUCUUUAAGUUUUUCAGAAGCUCUUGAGAAACUUUAUUUAAUCCUUCUGCCCUAGUAGGCUGGAGUUUUGCAUUUAUUCAUCCAUGUCUAAUUUAUAUGAGUUAGAUUUAUGCACAUGUAAAUGAGUUCAUAUUGAACUCCUAAUAUCUAGGCUCCAUCCAGAACAAAUGGGAAAGAAUUCCAUUUAGUUGUAGGAAUUAGUCAUAACUUACUUUUAAAAGUAAAAUUCACAUUUUUCUUCCAGUUUUCAAGGUAAUUAUGUUACCCAGCAUAAUAUGAAAUGUUCAACCUCCUCUCAGCCUUUUGUGUCCAUAAUAGGAUGAAGUUGGACUAUGAGAACAGUGACUACUGUAAACACUGUUACAUUUAGCAUUAGAACAAUGUAUAUUUGAUCUUAUAGAAUUUCAAAUGCAUUUAAAAGUAUAUAAAAUGUUAAUCAGCCAAAGUCAAAGGCCUGAGGAACGUUUUUACCUGGCACCUAAAUAUAUACAAUACAAGGUGCUAGGCAGGCCUCCCUGGGGAGAGCAUUCCACAAGCGGGGAGCUACCACAGAAAAAGCCUGUUUUUGUGUUGUCACCCUCUGGAUCUCUUGUGUAGGAAGCACAAAAAGAAGGGCCUCUGAUGUUGAUGAUCACAGGGUCUGGGUCAGUUCAUAUGGGGAGAGGUGGGCCUUGAGGUAUUGUAGUCCUGACAUGUUUAAGGCUUUAUAGGUCAAAAUCUCCCCUUUGAAUUGAGCCCAGCAACUACGUAGCCAGUGCAGCUGGGCCAGGAUUCAUGUACUAUGCUCAGAUUGUCUGGCCACCGCAUUCUGCACUAGCUGAAGUUUCCAGACCAUCUUCAGAGGCAGCCUUACGUAUACUGUGUAACAUCAACAACAAUUUUAUUAUUUAUACCCCGCCCAUCUGGCUGGAUUUCCCCAGCCAGUGUAGGUGACUUACAGCAUAAAAAAUUGUAAAACAUUAGACAUUAAAAAUAUCCAGAUACAGGGUUGCCUUCAGAUGUCUUCUAAAAGUCAGAUAAUUGUUUAUUUCCUUGGCAUCUGAUGGUAGGGUGUUCCAAAAGGCAGGCGUCACUACUGAGAAGGCCCUCUACUUGGUUCCCUGUAACUUCAGUGUCUGGGCUGAAUGAUGGGGGUGGAGAUGUUCCUUCAGGUACACUGUGUUGCAGGUGCUGCAGUAAUCUAACCUAGUUGCAGUAAUCUAACCUAGAGGUUACCAAAACAUAGAAGACAGAGGUUAGGCUAUCCCUGUCCAGAUAGGGGUACAGCUGGACCACCAGCUGAAGCUGAUGGAGCCUCAAGUGACAGCAGAUGAUCCAGAAGUACCCCCAAAGCUAUGUACAUCUUUUUUCUCUGAAGGUGAAUUUUUAGAGGUGUAUAUUAUUUUAUUUUUUGAUACUAAACUUCCUGUGUGUUAACACAGAGACUAAGGUUUUACAUGCCAACAGACUUUAUUAGAGGACUUACAUAAAUGUAUGCAGGUGUGUGUAGAUAUUGUGGUUUAUGGUAUCAUUAACCUAUCAAAAUAUUAUACCACUUUUAAUGUACAGGCCAUGCAUCCUUUUGAUCUAAUAGCUGCUGUUUCAAGUGUUCCUUUAAAAGAUCUAGGAAGUCCCUUGUGUUGAAUGAAUGACAGUUUUUGCCUUCUCACUAGUAAAGAGAAUUGUAUUAGCUAACAGGAGGAAUAUUGGGGGAGGGGAAUUCUAUAUUAGAAAAUUUCAUUUUGUAGGCAGUAAUUAACAGUAAUUUGCAUAGUUUUUCAAGAGAGCCAUUGUUUACUUUAAAUGGAGUCAUUCACAUAACUUAGCAUAUUGUUAUUUAUUUUCUCUUAGCAAAGCUUACUGAAGGAUGAACAAAACCAAGAAGAAACUAUUCUUCACUUUCUUCUUGAUCUCUCCAGUCAAUGUGGUGUCUUAUUUCCCUGUACUCCAAGUGGGACAUCUUUUGAGUUUAUAUCCAGUGCUUCCCUUCAUGGUGUUGAAGAUGAUUCUGCAAUGGAUACACAGUAUAUUUGGGAUGAUGUAAGAUUACAUCUUCGGCGCUUCUUAGUAAACCAGCUGCAAAAUCAUAAUGAAACAAAAACUGGUACCUUACAACAGCAACUGCAGUUUAAAACUCGGUGUCUACAGCAGCUUUUAUUUCUAUAUCCUGAGGCAGAAGUUCUGGGGAAGUAUCAAAAAAUGCAGAAUAAAUUGGUUAGUGAUCUUUUACAGAAAUGUGUUCUAGAAAGCAUGGGUGAAACAAACUUUGAAAAGAUGGUUCAUGGUUAUGAAAACUCAAUUCCUGCAUUGUGUGCAAUGAUAAAAGAAGAUUUCUAUGUACUGAGCGGAAUUAUUGACCCUUCUUCAACACUGAAGUUUAUUAAUGAAACUUAUUUGGAUACCAUCACGGAAGAAAUGACCGUUCUUCUUGAAACACUUUGUGAGCUUCAGUUUAAGGAAAAUGCAUUACAUGGUGUUAAAGCAAGCAAGAGCUCAAAGAAACACAGAGGAGUACCUCAUGUUGGGGGUUAGUGGCAUUUUUCCCAUGAAUUGUCUUAAUUGUUUUUAUCCUUUCGUUUAUCUUAAUUAAUUAUUAAUUAUUAGUUAUUUAAUUAUCUUAAUUGUUUUUAUCCUUUCAUUUCUCAUACAUGUGUCUCAUACAUGUCCAGUGAAGGACAUAAGUACAUGAAUACGGUAGCCACAAACACUCAGUGGCAAGGCUUAAGCAACAUCCAUCUAUAUUCUUCUAUUCCCAAUUGUAGGCUGUGUUUGUCUGCUUGAGUGUAGGCAGAUCAUAGAGAUAAACCCAUGACAAUUUGCUUCAAGUUACUCCCCCUCUUGUCUUCUUGUGAGCAAAGGAACUGGACAUACUUUGUUACCUUCUUACUAGUGCAAAUUAGGUCAUGUUGGGGUGAGCAGGGGUGAGGCAGCUUCGGAGAUUUGGGCAGUUCUUAUCCUUUUCAUGUUUGCAUCUGAACAGCCAGGUGCAAGAGGAGGAUUUGGAGGUAAGCCUCUUUCUAAGCAUCCUGCAAAAAAGAAAAGUGAACUGUGUGUUUAUUGUGAUGAGGUUGCUCUGUUCUUCCACAAGAAGCUUGGUUUUUUUCACUGCUGGGUGCACAGAAAUGCAAUGAUCUGCUGCUCUCAAGAAGGAAGGGGCAGGGGGGAGGAAGAGAAACUAUGGGCCAGAUGAGAGACCACAAGGAGCCAGAUCUAGCCUGAGGGAGGGACUGUCUUAAACUGCAAUAGCCCUUUUACUUAAAUAUUAGUUACGCUUUUUAAACAAGGACUUAAUCUUGAACUUAGUUUUUAAAUAGCUGAUAGGUAUUGUGUUCUAAAAUACGUCUUCUGAAAAUGCCAUCAACAGAUAAGGCAAUGGAUGGGACACAUUGCAGAUGAGUUCAGAGAGUCUGUAUUAUUUUAACUUCAUUUUCAUUAAAAUAAUAUUUAUCUUAUUAUAAAUAAUAAUAUUUAUCUUACUACCUCAGGGCUCUGUCCUCUCCCCCAUGCUUUUUAACAUCUAUAUGAAGCCCUGGGGUUGGGCUGGGUGUUCACCUCUCAUUUAGAUUAGAACUAGUGAAGGUGGUGAAGGUCCUGUGUGAGUGUCUGGAGGCAGUUGGAGGAUGGAUGGCAGCUAAUGGAUUGAGGCUGAAUCCCAGCAAGACAGAAGUACUGUUUCUGGGGGAGAAGGGCAGGCAACUGUGGGGGACUCCCUGGUUCUGAAUGGAGUAACUGUGCCUCUGAAGGACCAUGGGGUGCAGCCUGGGAGUCAUUUUGGACUCACAGCUGUCCAGGUGGCUGUCUACCAAUUCCAUCUGCUACCCUGGGUGAGACCCUACCUGCCUGCUCACUGUCUCACCAGAGUGGUACAUGCCCCCACUUGGACUACUGCCAUGCACUAAAUGUGGGGCUUACCUUUGACGGUGACUCGGAAACUACAACUAAUACAGAAUGUGACAGGUAGACUGGUGACUGGGAGUGGCUGCCGGGACCAUAUAACACCGGUCUUGAAAGACAUACUACAUUGAUUCCCAGUAUGUUUCCAAGCACAAUUCAAAGUGUUGGUGCUGACCUUUAAAGCCCUAAAUGGCCUUGGCACUAUAUACCUGAAGGUAUUUUAAACUGUUACAUUUUCAUUCAUUUAGCUUCUUUUUAUAUUACCAAGAUAUUUGUAACCAAAUUUUGUAUUCUCUUUCAUGACAUUACUUGGGGAUUUAAUGAUAACGAGGCAGAAGAAUACUGAUUAAAAAUGACAAACAAUUUUAUUUAUUUUUAUUAUUUAUUAAAUGUGUAUACCACCUAAGGCAGUUCACAACAGACAAAUACAAAAUGAAAAUACACAAUACAUAAUAAAACAAAAAUGAAAUUAAAACAAACCAAUAACUCCCCUUCCACAAACACAUUUAAAAAACCAUAGAAUGUUAAUCAUCUGAACACUUAGUUGAAGAAAAACGUUUUCAUCUGGCACCUAAAGGUAUGCAAUGAAGGUGACAAUAGUCACAUGAACUAGGCCAUAGGUUCCUUAUGCAGCAUGUAGAAUUUUAUCAAGAAGAAAGUAAAAAUUAAUUAACACAGUGACAAAUCACAGCUGAUGCACUAAGUUUGUUGCACUCCCCUGAGCAGCAGUGGAACUGAUGAGCACAGUUAGAAUCAGACAUAGAAAAGAAUAACAUUUACCUGGAUGUUACCAGAGGGCGGUACCUUGUUCCAUCAGUGCAAGGAUUUUUGCUUGUGGAAUUGAACUCCCUUCCCCCUUUCCCUACCCAUAAGUACCUUGUGUCAUCCCACAAACUACCCCAGCAUUGGGGUAAACCUCCGAACAGAUUUAAGGAGUGUACAGGGAUAGGAGAGGGGACGAAGUUCAGCUGUGGAAGCAGAAAUCCUUGCUCUGAUGGAACAAGUUAAUUGCAUACUGUCCAUAAUUUCUGUUAACUUUUACUGGCAACAUUUUAUAAUAUUAUAACUGUGUCUGAAAUAUAGUGUAUGGCUUGGGAAUAUAAGAAUGAAUUCUAAAUAAAUAAUGAAACAGAGGCUUGAAAGUUUCCUAUAUAUACUACCCUAGGGCCACGUACAGUAUUUGUUUCUAGAGGCAGCAUGACACUUUAAAAAUAUUGCAAAAGAAUUAAGCUUGCUACUUUUAAAUUUAUAGUAGGGGGUAUGAUGAUACUAGCUAAGUUACCGAAAUGUCAAUUGAGCUGAAGAAAUUUCAAAGCUGCUAGCAUGUCCAAAAGCCUUACUGUUGCUUCAAAUCAGUUAUUAAUCCCAUAACGUGAAGCUCAACAGUAGAAUUUCAUUAUUGACCCCUAUUAUAUUUAAAAGAUGACUUCUUAAAGGCUUUCUUGUUCUUGCAUGUAUUAUUUGAAAGAAACAAAAUAUUAGAUGUAUUAAUAUUUGUCAUUUAAAUAUCUAUUUUUACAGAUGCAUUUCUAUUUUUGUUUAUGUAAUGUCUGUUUGAAUCCUGCAAAAGUUACGAAGAUUCACAUCUGUGAUUUGAUUUUCUUAUGCACACUCUGCAAACAAAAAAGCAAUAUAAAUUUUGAACAUUUUUUCAUUUGUUAAAGAAUAUUUCCAAUUAGGAAACACUAAUUAUUUUCAUCUCAAAGCUUCCUUUGCACACCUGGGUGUUCUUCCUAAGGGUGAAAAGAACAUUUAACUCACCAUGCCCCCUAAUUAUUGCAUUCUCCUCCCAAGUAUAAAAGAUGAAAGUGAUUUACUCUUCAAUCCAUUUUCUUUUGAGCGGUCAAAGGUCAGUCUGAGAUUUAUAUAUUAGAGUAGUCUCUUUAAUAAAAGAGUGUGACAAAGAAGUUGAGAGGGAAUUAUUAAGUUGGUUUUUCUUAGGAACAUACAGUAGUGUGUAAAGGAAAUAAUAGAGGGCUAUGAACGUCAAAAGAAGGAGGACUUCUAAAAGGUCUCCUGAAGAGGUUCCUAAGGCUCCUACAGUAUUGUUUGACAAGGAAAUUGAUACAUGACUCUUUACGCGACUCUUUUCAACACACAUAAGCUGUCUCCUGAGCAGAAUGUAAUUAGAUGCUCCUUGGUGAGAUACCAUUAAGUUGUGGGGCAUUUUGUAUACCUUCAUUAGUGUGAGGCUUGGUUAGCUUUAUGAUUUUUAUUUUUUUUUAAAGAAAUGGCUCAUUAAUUUUUUUGUGCACGUUACGUUGGUUUCUGUGAGAAAGUAAUAUUUAAAUAUAUAGGUCUUGAUGCAUCAACCCUGCCCCACAUUUAUAUGUUCACUUAGCAUAGGUUGCUAUUUCCCACGUUGUGCACUCUCUCUCUCUGUGUGUGCAAUAAAAAAGUAUAAUUGGUUUUAUUUAAUUUGCAGCAAUCAUUUUUUUAAUAGACAAUGAUCUUAAACAUUCAUGCUUACUAAAGCAUUCAUAAUGUUUCCAUAAACCAGAGGUUUUCAACCUUUUUGAGUCCACAGCUCACUUGACCAACUACAUUCUUUCUGUGACACCCCUGUGGGGCUCAGGAGCCCAGUUAUGUCACCCCUUGCCUGCAGAACUAGCAGCCUCUCACCCUUUGUUGAACACCCUCCUUUGUGGAGUAUUCCCUCAGCCUCCUCUCCUCUUCCCUCUCCUUGGGAGUCCUCUGGGGAGUCGCUACUGUUGUCCCUGGUCCCUGAGCUCCCCCCCCCGCCCCAAAGAGAGGUGCCUUCUCACACUGCUCCACAGAGGCCUGGGACUUGUCUGUCCGUUACCAACAGCUAGGACUAACUGGCUGGGCUCCCUCACCUGCUUGCUUGCUUACUCGGAGGCUGCUUCAGCUCCUGGCAACCAGCACCCCCUGAGGCACCAUUUGCCUUCAGAGCUUGUAGCCAGGGCAACUGCAACAAACAGCCGUGCAAGCCUUUGGGAGGCAGAGACACAAGAGGGCAUCAGAGGAGGGUGGGCAGGGAAGAGGGACAGAGGCCAGUGUUGCCUGCGAUACCCCAGAUCAUCAUUCAAGGCACCCCAGGGUGCCACGGCACACUGAUUGAAAAUCACUGCCCUAAACCAUACCCUCCAGCAUCUUGAGUCCCAGAACUUGGACACGUAUCUUCCCACCCAUGCUCCUGUGUGAGUCACAUGAUGUGAGAUUAUGUAACACAUAAUAUUUCCUUUUUUCAGGGCCAUGCUUUACAUUGCCCAAAACGUGUUUUGGGGAGUUGCAUGAGAUUGCAGCCCUACAAAACCUGCAUUUUUCAGGGUGAGAUCUCUGUCUGAAAUCGCAUGAGGUCACAGCAUCCAAAAUGGCCACCCUGCUCUCACAUGAGAAAACAGGAUGUCCACAAAGCUCCAGAUUGUCCUCAAUGCUAUUUAACAGCUAUAUGAAACUGUAAUAAGAAAAACUAUUUUCCUGAUUACUUGUGUGCCCUCCAUAAUUUUGCCGAUGUUCUGUACCCAUCAGUUUGCUUUUGAAUUGUAAUAUUGUUCCUGAGUAUCAGCAAGGGUUUCUAGAAGACUUGUUAGUUCACAUUUAUUUCCACUAGCCUUUUGAAAGGCAUGGCUAGUGAGAUUUUUUUUUAUUUCUUUGAAUAACAAACCCAUGUCGCCUCAGACUCUGCUUUUGAAACACCUUUCAUCUUCAAAAGAAGCUUGCCAUGUGGCAUGGCAGCUGCUGUUCAGGAAACACAUGCUCAAAGCCCUCUUGAGCGCCUGGAACUAAUUGUACUGUUCUUUGGAUUCCAGCCUAUAUUUUCACUGAUAGGGUUUAUGAAACAUAGUGCUUUAUGAUUAGUGGUUCCCUUAAAAGUGACUUGUGUCAUCUCUUACUGGGUCUCUUUGCAGUUCAUAGCAAUAAGUAUGAAAUACAGAACAUGCAUAUUUUGUGCAUGUUUUCCAUGGUUGGCGAUCUUUCAUAGGCUUUUAUAAUUUUGACAUGAUGAAGUAUUGGGCACACAGAUACAUAUCUAGAAUUACAAGUAGGAAAGUAUAUACUUCUUUUUAUUUUGAGAGGAAUGGUGUAAACUGCAAAAUGUAGACUGGUUGCUUGGUUUCAUUUGAAUCUAUUCUCCCUGCCCCUCAAGAUAUUUUCAUAUCCCUAGAUUGUAGCAGAGCAAAAGGGAACUGAGAAGCUGGCCACUUUUUUUUAAGCCUUAAACACUUUGAUAAUGGUUUGCAUCCUUGUGGUUUCCCCUGGUGUACUGAUAGUUCUUUAUGAUUCUGUCAUUUUCAAUCAGCAAAAAGUACAUGUGAUCAGUAUAUCUGAUAAACUUGUCAAUGCCUUUUUAAAACAGGAUUCCCCAAUCUAUUCUAUUCAGCCCCCUUCUUCAUCAUUUCAAGUGUAAUCUUGAUAAGACGGAGAUAUGUAACAGACAGCUGUGUAUAGCUAGCUCAGACUACAACUAAUUUGUGCAGGAAAAAAUUAAAUCAGGAGGUAAAUUAUUUCAUGAUUGCUCAUUCCCAACAGAGUUGGGCAUCAUUCUGAAGAAAAUAUCAAAUAAUUGGUUUCAGGCCGUGUCAGACACAUGCAAUUCCCUUCACUAAUGGCUGUGUGAGGUAGCACCAGGCCUCAGGGGUCACAAAAAAACUGGAAUAGCUUACUGCUAGGCGCAGCAAUAGAGAGACAGUGCACAUAGGAAAUGAAGUGGCAAUAAGUGCAAUCCAUAGGGGAAAUGUGCUUCACUUGGAGUUUAAUAUAUUGGCUCAGAUUCUGGCAGUAAGCCAUGCAACAAUUGUUUACCUUUUUGUUAGCAUCUGCAUCUGUUCUGUUUUGUAAACAGCACUUAAACUCAGUCCGUAAAUGCUGGAAUCAAUAACAACUGUUAAGGGAUUUCCUUCCUUUUUCAUAUUUUAUAACAAAUGCAAUCUACAAACAAUGUUUGCCUUAGAUUAACAAGGAGCAGACAUUAACAAGGUCAAAGGGAUUUGCUUGUGAACAUUUUAUAGCUUCUUGGAUGUGCAGUAAUUAUAUCUGCAAUUUGAACAUAUCCUGUUACCUAGUCAAAUGUAACUGUUUUGAAAACUGCUGGUGUAUAGUAAUGAAGCAGAUUUUAAGUACCUUAAGUUCUGUGCAUGAAAAACUGCUGGCAUUCUAGCACUUUAGGUUGAAACAGUAUUGCAGCUGCUAUUCAGAAAUACACCUUUUGAAUUCCUAGGUGUUUCUUAUGCAUCUAACAUUUAAUGCAUUAGUAUUAGGUUCCAGUCUUGCACAUACAGGCAGCUUAAAUCCCAACUAAGUCAUUUGUUUGCAAAACAUAAUAUUUUAAAUCUACAGCUGUAGUACCAUUAACAGUGUUCUAGUAUAAAAUGAACGAGGGCUGACCAUGUCUAGCGUGUAUAAAGUGAAUACAGCAUUGUAGAAAACAUGUGGAAGCAUAAUCUUCUUCUUUGGUUUAAAAGAGACUAUGCAGAUGAUGGAUGACUUAAUUGUAAAGUGACCAUUAGCUUUGGCAUCACAAAAAGAUUGAUAUAACUGAGAGCACAAAAACCAUUGUCAUUUGUAUUUUUGCUUAUAAAUCCCCAUUCAGUGUUUUGAAUAUUUAUAUAGCAAAUAAUUGCAAUUAUAUUUUUUGCCAAAUAUUAGCUACAUGCUGAGAGCAUUAUAAUCAUUUAAAUAUAAUGUGCAAUUGACCUUUGAAAAAUCUUUGGCCAGAAUCCAAAGAAUGGAAAGAUGUGUAUGUAUGGCAUUGAACUAUAUGUGGGGCUGGAUCUUUGUUUUGUUUCCCUUUUUUAAAAAAAUAUUUUAUUAAGGAUUUUCUUGUUUUACAGAAGUAAGUGUAAUGCCUCGUAUUAUUUUUCCCAUGUAACAUUUUUACAAAUCCGUUUCAUUUGUUGAGGCAUUAGGGGGAGAAGAAAAAAGAAAGGAAAAAAGAAAGGGGGGUGGAGAGAGGGAAGAUGGAUGGGGGUGGGGUCGGGUGGCGGUGUUUCUAUUAUGUUUAAUGUAUGUAGAGUUUGGUGUCAGCGUUGCUUGUGUUGUUCACUUGUGUUCCUUUGGUGGUGAGAGAGGUUGGGGUUGGCCUAGGGUGUGAUUGUUUGCUUGUGAUUGGCUGUGGUGAUCUUUGUUUUCGUGUGUGAGUGAGGUGGGUGGGUGUUUUGGAUCAGGUUAGCCAUAUUGAUUUGUAUGCUGUUGGUGGAUUAUUGUCAUUGUCCUGUUGGGCUGUGUAUGUGAUAAAGGGAGCCAUACCGGGGUGAAGGCGUCUUCUUCUGUUUGUCCCCGUGUCAGUUUCAGUUUAUUAGUUAAUUUUUCUAGUAGGGCUGUUUCCCAUACUAUUUGGUACCAUUGGUCCAUGUUUACUCCUGACAGGUCUCUCCAGUGUCUGGUUAUGGUGUUUCUGGCUGCUGAAAGUAGGUGGGUUAUGAGUACUUUGUGGUGUAAAUGGGCAUUGUUGUCUUGGAAGAUGUUUAGUAGGGCCAAUUCUGGGGUGAUGUCUAUUACUUGCUUAGUUAUUUUACAUAUUUCUUGUAUGGCUGUUGUCCAGAAUAGUUGGAUUUUGGGACACUCCCACCACAUGUGGAGGUAUGUGCCUGUGGAGGUGCACCCUCUCCAGCAUUUUGGUGAGGUUCCUGGGUGUAUUAGCGCUAGUUUCCUUGGUGUUAGGUACCACCUGUAGGUGAGUUUCAGUGUGAGUUCUUUUCUUUUCGUUGAUAUGGAGUUAAAGGGGGGUUUAGAACACAUUCUGGUCCAUUGAGAGGGGUUAAUCUCAUAGCCUAUGUCAUUUUCCCAUUGUUUUUGAUUGCAUCUCAGGGAUUUGCGGGAUUUUGGAGUAGUAUUUUGUAUAUUGCGGAUACCGUCCCUUUACCGUUUCCCUUUGUUGUUAGGAGGAGGUUUUCGAAGGUUGUCAGGGGCCUAGUUGCUGCUGAUUUUACUGUUGGGUUGUUUAAGAGGGCAUGUAGUUGGUGUUGUGUUAACCAGGGCAUUUGGGUGUCUUCUAGUUUGUCUUGUAUUUCUUGUGUUGACAAGGGUUUGUUAUUUUUAUAAAAGUCUAUUAGGCGAUAUAAGCCUUUGGUUUGCCAGGUUUUUAUCUGGAGGUUUUGUGCUGCAUGGUGGAAUAAUGGGUGGUACGCCAGGGGGAUUAGUGGGGAUGGGGUUGGGGAUAGUUUGCCUAUUUGUGUCUUCCAUGCUUUGAGCAUGGUCUGUGUGUACCUGUUAAGUGUUGUGGGAAUUUUCUUUAGUUUGUUUGGGAGGAGUGGGUAUGUUGUGGUGCAGGUAUUUUCAAUUGUGUCCCUCUCUAGGUGUACCCAUUGUUUUGUCUCAUCUUCUAGUAUAUAUGGGAUUAUAUGGCGUAUUUGGUUGGCAUUGUAAUAUGCUUCUAUGUUGGGGAUUCCCCAUCCUCCUUCUGAGGUGGGGAGGUGCAGGUAUUUGAGGCUUAUUCUUGGUUUUUAUGUGAGAAGAUGAAAGAGUGUAGUUUUUCUGCCAACUGCGAAGUUGGGUUGAGGGAUCCAGAUUGGGAGGGUUUGGAAUAGGUAGGUUAGUUUUGGGAGUGUGAUCAUUUUGAUCAUGGCUAUUUUGUCUGAGAGAGUGAAAUUCAUGUUAUUCCAUCUCUUUAGGUCUUUGUUAAUUUGUCGCCACAGGGGCUUGUAGUUGUGGAGGUACAAUUUAUUGAGGUUUCUGGUUAUUUGUACCCCUAGGUAUCUGAACUUGGUGUGGCAAAGUUUUAUUUUGGUGACCUUCGUGAGUUCUUUUUGGGUGUGAGGAGGGGUGUUGAAGCACAUAGCUUCUGACUUUGUAAAAUUUACCUGUAGGCCCGACACCAUUGCAAAUGUGUUGAGUUCUCUGAUUAGGGAGGUUGCUGUGCUUAUGGGGUCUGGUGUUGUGACCAUUAGAUCAUCUGCAAAGAGCCCUAAUUUAUAGGUUCUGCCUUUUAUUUCCACUCCCUUGAUGUCUGUGGCUGCUCGGAUGCGGAUUGCUAAGGGUUCCAGAGCCAGGAUAAAUAAGAAGGGAGACAGUGGGCAUCCUUGUUUCGUGCCUCUUUGGAUAGCUAUAGUAUUAGAAUCCCUAUUGUUAGUUCUGCAUUUUGCUGAGGCUUGGGAGUAUAUUUGUUUGAGGAUUUGUAGGAAGUUGGGGCCAAAUUUCAUGUUAGUUUUGUUUCCCUUUUCACUGUGAAUGUUCUAAUUGCUGAAAAUCAAAUCUGCUUUUUAAAGUUCAAAAUCAGGUUGUUUCUUGGGCAGUAAGAACUACUGUGGAGAAAGGUGCGCUGCUGCUGUUUUGUGUGGUUCCCUCACAUGCAUGCAAUCUCAGCUUUCUCAUGCUCACCCAAUAAUAAUGGGUUGGUCAGGAUUUCUUUUCAACAGCUGACAGAAUUAUCAGAAUAUUGCCCACAGAGCUGCUGUGAAAGUUGGUCCUUUCUCUUUUCAGUGAUGCAAAGAAAAUGUGUUUUUUUUGUAGGUCCCCCCCCCCCAUGUGUUUCUCACAAAAAUGGGUAGUGCUAAUCUUUUUGUUGUCGUACCCUACCUGUUUGGGUUAUUAAAUUCUACUUACAUUGUGUGAUCUGACUGCCCUAGAGUAGACCUACAUCUGUUUUUGCGUAGCCAAGUAGUUUGAUUUGUUUAUCCCUACAGCUUCUGAAAUGCUAUUCCCAAAUGCUAUUCACAAUAGGCCAAAGAGCCUCACUACUCUCAACUAAUGAAGCGUGAUGGAAAGGGAAAAAUAAAUAUUAAGAGGGAUCUUUCACAGGUUAACAGUGCAAUUGUAUCCAUACCUACUCAGAAGAGCAAACUUUAUUCAAUUGAAUGGGACUUACUCCCAGGCAAGUGUUUAUAGGAUUAUAGCAGGCUUAAUUUCUUUCACUGAAGUUUAGAAUGCAAUCUAGAAGUGCAUGUGGAAAUAAAAACAAAACGUAAAAGCAAUUUGAGGCUUGUGGCACCUUUGAGAUUUAUUUUUGCAUGAGCAUUUAUGAACUUUUACCAGACGUUAUAAGCAUCAGUCAGGCAUUCUGACAAAUUUCACUUUCUAAUGUGUGGAUGAAUUAAAUGUUACUAUUCAAGAAUAUAAAUACAACAGACAGUCAUUCUGACAUAUUAAGCACACACACACACACACACACACACACACACUAAAUACUUCAAUGUAAAACACACAUUAAAUUGCAGUCACUCACUGACAGGGUCUAUCCCAAAUCACAUUGAGACUUUAGAGCUCAGAGGUCAACAGUCAGCAUGAUUUUCUCACUGUACCAGCUGCAGGAUAAAUGCAGAGAACAGAGACGCCCAUUGGACAUUGCCUUCAUUUACCUGACAGAGGUCUUGGAUAUCAUCAGCCAUAAGAGACUCUUCUUCACACUGCUCAACAAGAAAGGAUAUCCAUCUAAGCUUCACAAUAUGAUAUUGUCCUUCCAGGAGAACAUGUGUGGCACCAUUCUGUAUGAUGGUGAAUCCUUGGAUGCCUUCCCUAUAAAGAGUGACAUGUAGCAGGGCUGUGUUCUUGCCUCAACUCUCUUUGACAAAUCCUUCUCCUUGGUGCUUUCAUAUACCUUCAGCUCGACUGAAGAUGGUAUGUAUUUUUAUUCAAACAGUAACGGAGUUCUGUUCAACCUGGCACAUCUCUGUGCCAAAACAAAAGUGUGGCAGAUCUUCAUCCGAGAGAUGCUUGCAGAUGACACAGUCUUGACAGUGUACUCCAAGGAAACUCUACAAAGACUCAUCAACCAUUUUGCCCAAGCUUGCAGGGAGUUCGGCAUUACCACCAGCCUGACAAAAACCAACAUCCUGGGUCAGGACAUCACCAGCACUCCACACAUCAGCAUUGGUGACCACAAGCUUGAGAUGGUAGACAAUUUGGUCUCCCAGGGUUCCACCAUAAUCAGCAACCUCUCAAUUGAUGCUAAUCUGGACAAGAGUAUUGGCAAAGCAGCUACAGCAAUGGCUAACCUCUCCAAAAGGGUUUGGGAGAAUGUGAUGCUAAUGACCAAUACCAAGAUGAAGUUCUGCCAGGCUUGCAUGUUGAGCAUGCUACUUUAUAGAAGUGAGUCAUGGGCAGCUUACAGCCGCAAGAUGCGAUGUCUCAAUGCCUUCCAAAUGCUUAGCAUCAAGAGGAAUUUGGGCAUCACGUGGCAGGACAGAAUCUCAAACAAAGAUGUCCUCUCCCAAACCCACAUUCCCAGUAUGUUUGCACUCCUGUCUCAGCAACGUCUCUGCUGGCUUGGUCAUGCCCACAGAAUGGAAGAUGGCAGGAUCCCCAAGGAUGUGUUCUACAGGGAACUGGCUUAUACAAGCCUUUGUUUGGCUUGUUAAUAUUUGCUCAUUAGCAAACUUCCUUGUUUCCCUUUUCUAUUUAUUUAAACUGAACAGAUAGCCUCUCUUUUCACUCAAAUUUAUUAUCUGUGUUACUCAGUGUGAAAAUUACAGAGUGACUUAGAGUGACAGCAUAUUUAUGUGAUCUGAACUAUUAAAACAGAAAAGGGUGUAUUUGAUUUAAUCAGUCUGCUAUUUUCACUACAGAGAUUUUCUACAUUUAAAAUGUUUUUAUUAACUGCCUUGAAAAUGAGUAAAAAUGUUAAAAUAAAUACUCUUCAAAUAAAAAGAAAAUCAGGGUAGUAUCUAGUGUUUUGCUGGUUUAAGAGACUUGACCUAUUGGAACGGAACUUGCCCCUCCUCUCCCCUGCAUGCUCUCAAAAGCACCUCCAGAGGGUUAAGGCACCCUCAGCAGAUUUUGGGGGACUCACAGGGGGAGGAGAGGAAACUGCCAGUGGAACCCCAUUAGCAAUGCUUGGGAUACAACCCAAAGAGUUUAAAACAGUUGAUAGUAUAACAUAGCUGCAGAAAUCAUUAGUAAUUUAUAUGCUGAAGUGCUGAUUUUAACUUACUUUCUUCCCUGGAAGUUGGUUGUGUGUGGGGUGAGAACAAUGCAAAACAGAAUGAAGCACCUUACUGUGUCAACUAAGUUGACUUUUCUGUUCUGGUGGUAUUUAGAAUAUGCAUGAUCUUUAUUUACACACACACACACACACACACACACACACACACAGAACAUGCCAUAGCCAAAGUCAUUAAUAAGGUAUAACAAAGAUUUCAGUACUUGCAGAAUGUAAAUUCUGGGCUGCAGGUAGCUAAGUCUUAGUGCUGGAAUUACAAGUUUCAGCAGGAGUAAGAACAGAGUCUAGACCAUGGGUAGGCAAACUAAGGCCCGGUGGCCAGAUCCGGCCCAAUCACCUUCUAAAUCCGGCCCACGGAGGUCCAGGAACCAGCGUGUUUUUAUAUGAGUAGGAUGUGUCGUUUUAUUUAAAAUGCAUCCCUGGGUUAUUUGUGGGGCAUAGGAAUUUGUUCCUUUUUCUUUUCUUUUUUCAAAAUAUAGUCUGGCCCCUCACAAGGUCUGAGGGACAGUGGACCAGCCCCCUGCUGAAAAAGUUUGCUGACCCCUGGUCUAGACAGAAAGCUGUGGCAGAUCUCAUGAAAGAACUAAGACAAAGUUGAGGAAUAAGGAAAACCAAAAGCAGAAAUGUAGUUAGAUAAAUAAAAAUAAAGGAAGACAGGAGAGAAGCAGGUAUAGUGAGCCCAGAACAUAAACUGGCAAGUUAGAACACUGGAGCCUGCAGAGAAAAAUAUUGCUUUGACUCCCUCCAAUUUUAGUUUUGAGUAGCUAUCCUCAAGAGGCAGCAGUGUACAUGUCAGAAAAUUUCUGGACAAAGUCCUCAUUUAAACUUGAUUGUGAAUCAAAUAUUGAGGCCUUCUCCUCCUCUCUUUUGGGAAACAUUUUAAGCUAAAUCCCAGGCUGGAUCUAGACACAUCAAAGAAGUGUUUCAGUUAAACACGUUGUAAAUUUACACAGGGAAAUCUGGUAGGGAAAAAUGGUACUCCAUAGCACUAUCUGGUGAUACAGUGUUAUAUCACAUAUACAACGCAUAUAUAUUGCUUUUUCUUUACCAAUCUACCUGAAUCCCCAGAUGGAAGCAAAAAGUGCUGUAAGAAUAAUAGCAUUUAUAUACAUUGGUUGUUAGCUUCACUUUCUCUGCUUACUGUAAUCUCAAUGACUAACAAAAUAUAAAUGCAUAACUCAGAGGGGAAAAUCCCUCAAAAAUCAAUUAUUUAUCAUUUAAUAAUUGACUCCAUCCUUUUGUAGGAACUGAGUUGCCACCACCAAAUAACUUCUGAUCCUGAUCCACAUAGAUUUCACCAACCACAUAGACAGAACUUCAUCCUUUCUUUUGGGUUCAUUUACAAAACUUUUAAUGGACAGGAUUUUAAUUUUCAUAUGAGUGUAGAGUUACUUACUGAAUGCACCGCAGCAAUGCUUCUCAAGGUUACACAGUACUAAAUUACAGUUGCGAGAUUCCAAAUCUACAGAAAGGAUCACAGCUGGCAUAUCAGAUGUUAUCUCUUGAGCCUCCAGAAGCCACAUACUGGUUACAGAAAGAAUUCUACAUGGAUAUACUUGAAUAGGAAACCUCACUAUCCCCAUUUUGCCUGGAUUCAGUCUCCAUCUACUUGCUUUCAUUCAAUCAAUCUAAGAGGGGCCCUAGACAGUUAUUCUAGGCUGUGAUCUGUGGUUAUGUAACUUUCAAAAAUAAAAAAUAGAGCUGGGUUUCUUUAGCAUAUUAACAUCUCACCCCAGAUGUUUGGAUAAUUUAUUCCAAUGAUUUCAUAGAUGCUCAACUGUUGAACAGUAUCAAUGACAAUAUACAACUUUGUUGUACAUCGUAAGACAAUUCUUGUGGAUUUGAGAAAUCAACACUAAUUUUAUGAACUUGCCUGGUUAAGAAAAACAGACCCUUCUCAGAGGCAUCAAAAAAGUUUUAAAUUUUUAUCUAUAGUGACCUACAUUUCAUACAAGUAUUCUUUAUAUAGACAUCGUUUUUAGUAAUGUUUAUGUAGGAGAUAAUAUAUAUCACAUCUGAUGUAUUUUAGUGCACUUAUAUACAUAUGCUAGAAUAUAUUGUAUGAAAUUAAUUUCUCCCACUUGUUUUGCAGCGGCUCAAGAAUGUUCUAGAAAAGGGAGAAACUUCUGUUUGACACUACAUCAACUCAGAUGUCUUUCUGAGCUUAUAAAGCUUUUUUUGUUGAUGGAAGAAAAGGUUGAAGAACUAUCUUCAGAAAUGCUGUUAUUACCAUGUUUUUCUGAGAACAGAAAUGUUCAAGGUAAUGUACAUUUCCCCCACUUACCUUAUUUUUCCUUCAAAAGAAUUGCCUUGUGGAAAUUCAGUAGAUAGAAUAAUUGGGAUGAGAAAAUAACAUACCUCUUUAUCAAUCCCGUAAUGUCAACUUAUUUCUGGUGUACUCUGGAGUCUUUUGAAAUAUUUUUUCUCACUUUUUUCAUCAUUAACAUAAACAUGAGCUUACUAGCUGUAAGAUGAUGGAAGAUUUAAUAACUGCCCAAAAUUAUAAUUAGUUUAUUGCUCAGAGUGGGGAGAUCUGGGUUGAAAGUGUGUUUUAGGAAGCAGCAAGUCAUUGGGAGGGGCAGCAGAAUUUUUUGCAGGGCUUAUGCCAGAAGGAAAGACCUAUUAGUAACCUGCUAAUCUGGAAGCAAUAUAGAAGUGCAAUGGCAGAGUACUUUGGAUGGUGCCACCAUAUUUCUUGUCAAGGUAUUGCACUUCAUAUCAACUAGGCUACUUUGUCUGUGGGCUGUGGGCUGGGUUUUCUCAGCAUGAAAUAAAUUGGAGCCCUGCACUAUUUUCAUAUUAGCAUUAUACUGAAGUUAGUUAGACAAAUGAAAAAAUUGACAGUAGAACAGAAAGUUUAGUUUUUCUUUGUUCAGGAUAUCAUGCGGAACCUUUAGAUUUGAUGUACAGAACAUUUGUAAAGCUCCAUCAAAAAUAAAGUGGUCCUUUGAGAAGUUCCUCAUAUUUUAUUUUAUUUUGCCAGAGGUGGUAUCGUGAGUUUCAGCUAAGCCAGAAGGUUUCUUGGCCAUCAUUUUUUUCCCCUAGACCCAGCGAUGACAAAGAGCAAUGGCUGCAUAAAUUGGAUGUAAGAAGAACACUUAGGGUUUAUCUCAGAAAAAUCAAAGAUUUCAGAUCUUCUGACAGAUUGUUUGUACUCUUAGGGGGUCUUAAGAGGGGUCAAAUGGCUUCUAAGAGUUCCUUAGCUAGAUGGUUAAGGAACUGUAUUAGGGAGGCGUAUGUAGUUAAGGGUAAAGUGGCUCCCAGGGUUUGUAAAGCUCAUUACACUAGGACUAUAGCUGCUGCUUGGGCGGAGAGGUCGAAGGCUUCUACAUCGGAAAUUUGCAAGGUGGCCACCUGGGCUUCUCUUCAUACGUUUUCAUAGCAUUAUCCCUUGGAAGUAGUCUCUUCUGCAGAUUCUGCUUUUGGUAGGAGGUUGCUUGUGAACCAAAAAAAAAAAACCCUGCAAAGAAAAGAGAGAUGCGUAGUUCACACUACUUCUCGCUGCCAUCAAGACAAGUUCCUUUGCAGUUUGCACAAUGGAAACCUAUGAAGGCCAAUUUAGGUGGCAGAAAAUAGAAGUUACAACUCAAGGAAGCACUGCCUACUGAUGCUCUCUGAUUGUAAUCCCAUGGCAGACAAUAGCACCAAGGGACAUAGUGGGGGGAAAUGAACAUUUAUCAGAGAAUAUAAGCUGAAGUAAUCAGGACUUUUUUUUUAAUCUCAGUUUAAAUUCUCUGGAAUUUGAUUCUUUUACAUCUGCUUCUAUAAAACGCAGAACUUCAUUUAGAACAAUAAUUUCAAAAGUGCUCCACUUGAUUUCAGUAUGCUCACUUUUCUUUUUACAUUUAAUUCUUUGUCUUUAUACUAAGAAACACAACUAGUUCUCAUUGAGGGCCAUAUAUAUGUGAAGUAUCAGGAAAAAACAUUGACCGAAAUGUUAAAAAGAGCAAUCUGAAAGAAGUCUUCAGUUGCAUGAAUGCAGAAACAGUUGGCUUAGAAAAACAUGGAUUGAAACAUAAUGCACAAUGUAUUCUUAACCUAAUAUGAAUUUGAUUUGAAUAAUGGAAAAAGUGAAAAUGUUUUUCUUUCCACCGUGAAUUCUGUGUCAUCAGCGCAAGGGGGAUAUAUUUGUCAUUUUCAGCUAAGAUUUGGGACUUUGAGUGUAUUCUGACUUCGCUUCCUUGUUUUUCUAGAACUAAAAUUGACCAAAAUUUGAGUAAUACAUUGAUUUUGUCAGGUACCAGCUGAAAAAAAUUAACCUUUUCUUUCUCCAUUCCUUUGUCCAUUCCUGCUGUUCCAUUCUUGCUAUACACUGCAAUUAAAUUAGUGGAAUGUUCAGACAUACCUAGUACGUUCAUUAUCACAGGCAAUAUGAUCCUUUGAAGGAACCUGGAACAUUCAGCAGCAGUCAUGGAUAAAGCAGAACAUUCUUAUUUGGAAUGAAGAAUGCUUGGUCAAAUUAUAUUCUCCUUCUGCCCUUCUGGUGUGAUUUCUCUUUCCUCUGGUCCUUCAGAAGUCUCUUGUUGAGAUUUUCAAAAACAUCUAACACACUUUUCAUCUUCCUCUCACCUUUUUUUUCUCCAUUUCAGUGAGAAAGGUGAACUUUAGACAGAUCUGAUAAUGAGUGCCAAGAAAAGCUUUUUCCAGUGGAGCUCUUUGAAACCACUCUGGGCAAACUUGUCAAGGCCUUAGGUUUUCAAGCUUUGCCUCAGGGGACUAGAAAGAUUUGCAAAGGUCUUCCCUUCACAGCUUAAGAAGAAAUCUAUUACUUCAUAUAAAUCUCUAGAAAGCACUGUAAAAGAAUAACAUGAUCACGUUUACAAAGUCACUGCUGUAAUGGGUAGCUUUUUAAAUCAUAUAAUGUUAGUUUUGUCUCUGUGUGUAGGUCCUAAAAAUAGCAGCAGCAGCUUCUUUCAUAAAGAUUAUUUUCAAGAAACAUGGUGAUGGGGAGAUGGAAUGUACACUGAGAACAUAGCAGCUGGAAAUACUUUAUUUUCAUUAACUUGUUAGCACUUUAUUGGAAUGGACUAACAAAUAAAAUUCUCACUCAAAAUGUUUGCAAAUCUCCCCUCCCCCACUUAAAAAAUAAUAAUUUAUGUGGUGCUAAAUUUUCUUCCAGAUCCCUUUUCUCUAUGACUAUCACACAUUGCCCUGGGCAAACUAUGGGAAAGAAUACUGCCUUGCAGAUUCUUUUGGAUAUUUAUUUGACUGCUUAAAAUAUAUAUAGUAGUAAUACUAUAUUAGGUUUUAAAAGAGUGAAGUGUCAGUUUUAAAUGUGUUUAAGGGAUCUCUCUUGUUAAAGUAGUGUAGAGAUUCAUGUCCUUUGUUUACCGUAUGUUUUUGUAUAUAAUGUAAAUCAUCUGGAUCUGGAUUCCUUGGCAAACACAAGCAUUUGCAGUUGUUGAUUUCCUUUUUUCUAUAAAUGUUUAUAUAUUUCUGGGCAAAUAAAAGACAGAAACUAUAAAUCACUGAAUGGUAUAAAGUGGCACAAGCACUUUCCAGCCACCAUGAUUAUUAACAGUAGCCAGAGUGGAUUUCAAAACUUGAAUUUCAGAAAUAGUAAAUGUUUCCUUAAGGGAGGGCGUAGUCUCUGUUGCCCUUAAAGAAUCAGCAGAUAUUAGAUUAUGUGUGUUUAGUUCCCGAAAUUGGUACCAGUCCUUGCUGGUACCAAUUUCAGGAACUAAACCCCCAAGAUUAGACCCUAUGAACUCAGACAUUUACCUUCCAAUCUAACCUCUUUUGGAGCAAGAUACUAGAGAGGGUGGUGGGCUUUCAACCCCACUGGUUUAGGAGAAAACUGAUUAGUAAACCCAUUCCUAUCCAUAUUCAAGACUGGAUAGGACUGGCUUUGAGACAGAAAGAGCUUUGGUCAUUGUGAUGAAUGUCUUAAAGCUGGCGACUGAAUGAUUACAAGACUUGGUUCUACUCGACCUCUCUGAGGCUUUUGAUAUAAUCAACUAUGGGUGUCCUUCUGUGACUGAAUUGGAGCCAGGAUGCAGAAUAUUACAAUAUUACACCCUUCCUGGGUGGCUGAUUACAGAAGAAUUAAUGAAUUGAUUUAUUACAGUCACAGAUCAGAAAUAUAACUGAUGGCAGAAGGUAGUGCUGGGUGAUAACUGUUCCACCCUAUGCCUAUAGGUUGUAUCUUGUCCCCCAUGAUUUUCAAGCAUACACAUGAAACCACUGGAGGUUUUGUCUCUCUCCCCCCCCCGUAUUUUUUCUAUCUUACCCUUCAGUAUAAGUGCUCUCAAGUUAAGGCUCAACUGUUUUAAGAGUUGUGCUGUUUUAGUUUGUUUGCAUUUUUGUAAUUUUUAGUCAUGGAUGUUUUUAAUGUUUUGAUGAAAUUGUGUUGUUACACAUUUUAAUAAUGUUUGGAUAUAUAUAUUAUAAUUGGUUUAUUCUUGCGGAAUAACCAUGUGGAAGCCAUUUUGGUGUGUAAGUGGUAUAUAUUUAAUAAUUCUAACAAUAGGUUUAAUCCGCUGCCCCAUUUAUCCUCACAACUACCCAUGAGGUUGAGAGAGACUGGCCCAAGUUAGCUUAAUGUGUUGGUUUGCCAGAUCCUAAUACCACGUUCUAAUUAGUACACCACAUUGGAUCAGCAACAUUGCCAAUAUGCAGAUGACAAACAGCAUUACUGCUCUUUUCCACCACUUAAUCUCAGGGAGCCUGCGGAACUCUUGAACAAGGGCUUGUCCACACUUGGCUUGCCUCAUGCCUAGAAAGCAUGAGUUCAAGCAGUAUUCCAUCCCCAGGAAAACCCAAUCUUUACCACUGAAUCGGAGCAAACGUCAAUCCACAGAAAACCCGAAAGCAGGCUUUCUCAGGGAAAGUGGUGGGAGAAGCAGAAGUGUGCAUGAGCCCCAAAUUCCUUGAGAGACUAUGGGAGAGCCUCUGAAACUUAAUUCAGAUUAGAUUGUCAAUGUGUAGGUUGGAAAGUUGACUGGUGUGAAAUCAAUCCUAAAUGAGGUUGUACUACUCUUUACAUACCAGGUGUGCAAUCUGAAGGUGCUCCAUAACAGACUAUUAUCUGGAGAGGAAUCCUUGGGCAGGUGUGCCUCCUGCUAGGCUCCAAUUUGUGCUCUAAAGUGCACAACUCCUACUUUACAUAUGAUUGAGAGAAGCAUUUGUUUAAAGAUAUGGGUCUGUCACUGGCAGCCCACAAACAUGUCAAAUGCUGCAAUGAGCUGGGGACAGAUCUCCCACACCAGUAAGUUAGGAGACUGUAGAUUCCAACUGUUAGAAAGUUUUGAAUAUUUUAUUUUUAACUGACUUUUUCCAAGUUACUAAUAUUUUUAUGUAAGUAUCUUAAUAGACGAUUGAUUCCAACAUUUAAAUAUCUAAAUAUUGUAUAUACUAUGUAUACCAUUAAGUAAAACAAAAAUGUAGUUAUCAAAAGGAGAAUUUUGUUUGCAACUUGAAUUUUACUUUUAUUUCAUUACUAACAUUCCACUGCAGCUUGCUGAAUAUCUUUAUAGAAUAUAUUGAUAUAUCAAGUUUUCCACAGCCUUAAUCUUAACUUUGAUCCCAUUUGUCAUACUGUGCAGGAGUUCUGAAGAAAGCUGGUGGGGAGCUUUUAAUAGGGGAAAGUAGAGCAAAUGAAACCAGUGUGCUUCCUGAACAGUUACUUCAGGUAAAAGAGGUGAGUAAAAUAAAGAGUCAAACUCUCUGGGAGCCUGUUUUGUCUGCACCAUCAAUACAGAUAAGGACCUAUUAACAUAUUCAUUACGAAUCCCUUAUGCUAAGAUGCUAAUAAUUUCAGUGCUAUUAGUAAUUUAAGCCUGCAAAGACCAAGGCUGGAAAGAAAAAAGACCAUAUACAAAAAUUUGUGAAUAUAAAAGAAGCUGUUAAACCAUUUUGUGGCAUCACUAUUAAAAGAACAAAGUCGCUAUCAGAAAGGCAGUGAACAUAAAAACAUAUAAAGGUGCCAUUGUAAGUUUUUAUUUAAUGUCCCCGAUGUUUCCAAAAGUAUUUUCAGGCGUGUGUUGAAAACUGAGGAUCUAUUUUUACAUAAGCUUGCUCUUACAAUUUAUGAUGGCCAUUUGCACAGGCUCUUUUCAUAUUAAUAUAUUCCAUAUCAUCCUACAAAUAAAAAGCACUCAUAUCUAUUUCUCAUAGUCUAGCAUUACCAAGAAACAAGCCACUUUCUGUAGCUAAUGCAUAACUACACUGGUGCUGCAAUCUCUGUGGAGCAUAUGAGUGAGGGGAGUUCUCCCACUUUGUCUGAGCAGUAAAAUAUAUUGCUUUUGAGCUGCAUCUCACCAAAAUUAAUGAAUCAGUUCUAUCACAUUUUAAAUACAGUUUUAAACAACUAUCAGCAACUUAAUAAGUCUGAAUAAAGAACACAGGGGAGUAAUCAGUUCAUCUGGAACCAAGUGUCAAGAGUCCUAGUCAUAUACACGUACAACAUUUUAGAUCACCAAUGAAACAAAGCUUGGCAUCAAAUGGAUUACAAAGCUGAUUACUGAAGAAAUGAACUGGAUUGCUAUUCUCAGUUUUUUGGGCUGGGAUCCAAAGAACUGGUGACACUGAAGUGUAAGGGCUUACCAGUGAAAAUGUUUACUUUUUGUCUUUACAUGACAGAUACCUAUUGCACCUCACAAAAGUCCCUCACUUUCAAAAGCAAGUUUCUGUUUGAGAAAGAAAACCCAAACUCUGCAGUUCUUACCUACAUUGUUCCUUUAUUUAAACAUCAUCAAAACAUCAUGAAUCUUCAGAGUUGCAUCCAACUGCUGUCCCCUGGUGACAGAAGACUGAUCUAGCAGACAAUAUUGUCAGCUGAACAAUGUCCCCCUCCUCCAGAAGCUUUGGGUGUGUGGCGGGGUGUGUGUGUAGCUUAGGGACAGCAUGGGAGGUGGCAUGGAGAGCUGCAGAGGACAGAGGCAAUUUCCAGAAAUUGCCUCAAUCCCUGCUUCUGCUGAUGGGAGCCUCAGUUGGAUCAAAAAGAUUUCCCUUAGUAGGGACUCAGCUGGAUACAAUUAUUUAUUUUGUUUACAUCCUGUCUCACCAGGUUUGGUUGAAACACUUUAUAAUGAAUAGGAAUCAUCAGUAAAACAUUUAAUAUACAAAAGAAAUAUAACAAUAAAACUGACUGCAAUAGCAUCUACAGCAGCCAGAGAACAUAGAUAUUACAGCAAGUAGAAUCUCAGUGCCAUAGCAUUAAAACACUUUACAUUAUUUCUCUGAAUAAGUGCAAGUAGACACUGUUGGCAUAGGCAACAGCAACAGCCUUUAAUUAAUACCCACACUACUGAGAAGAAAAACACACAUCUGGGUGCAGGACUUGGGUGGCUUUCCUGAGUUGUGAGUUUAGUUUGAGUUUCCCCUUUCUGGCUUGCUUCUCUUUGUAGUAUGUGUGAACUGAUCAUUUUAAGUAAAGGAACCUGAAUAAGGCAAAGAAGUCACUCAGCCAUAAUCACUGGGUUGGUUUGUACACCAUCUGAAGCAUAUUCUGGAACUGAGGGGUAAUUACUAAAGAGGCUAAAAGGAAAUUUUGAGCAGGCUGUUGCCCUUAAACUUUAAAGAACAAGGGGUGGGGGUAUGGGAAUGAAUAGCAAAUUAAAAGGCUUGACCAUCUAAAAUUUUGCAAUGUUAAACAUUCCUGCUUUGCCAGCUAAUCUGGACCUCCCAUUUCCCAAGCCAGUUGCCAAACACUUCUGACAGUUGCUGAAGCUUGGGCUCUGGCAAGUUUACAAAAGCAGUUUCAUACCAGUGGAAUGAGGAGGGACAUGAUGUGGGGUGGUGGUGAAGGUGGGAAGCUACCUAAAAUGUUUCCUAUAUGGACCCCUGUGAAAUGAAUGGGAGAGGAGGCAUAACACAACAGCACAAAUAACAGCUUCACACCACAUCCAGAAGAAAAGAGUCAGUCAGUUCCAAGUGUAUUGUGUGUUAAGUAUACAAAGAGCUUCAGUAUACCAUUUGAUCAGCUUAGGUAUAAUUGAAACAGAAACAUUUGACUGUUCAGAUUUUGUCUGUAUACUUCUAUAUUUCAGACUACCAUACUAGAUUUCGGCUGGAGAAAAGCAUUUAAAGACCUGUCCUCUUCAGUAGCUCACUGUAUAACAAUUGCAGUUGAAGAUUUUUCCAAUAAAAUUCUUCAACAUGAGCAGAAUGAACACACUUCAGCGGCCUGCUAUGUGAUGCAUACUGUAAAGGUACAGCACAUGAAGGAGCUCAGGGAAGUAGUCCACGAGGAAGACCAACCAAAACAAAUUUCAAAGGCAUGUAUCAAAAGAUCUGAAGUUUUAAGGGGAUUACAGAAUGUCGGGUUUGUUUACCCAUAAAGCAUUGAAGUACUUGCACUUCCAGUAUUUUAAGAGUCAAAUGCAUGGAAUGAAAACCUGUGCUAAAUUAUUUAAUAGUGCUUUAUAGAUCUCAACAUAUAUUCUAAGAAACUUAAAAAAUGUAUCCAUUUUAAUACUUUUAAAAUGUAUCCAUUUUAGUAAAUAGCCUAGAUUUCUGUCCCACGAAGAAAUUAAUUUUGUAGGUGGAGAUGCAUUGAUGAGACUGAGACACAUUAGUAGUUCACUAGGGGAAGUCUAAAAUGCAAUGAAUAUAAAACCAUAAAAACAAACAGGGGCAGAAGGGGUUCAGAUCUGAAGCUACAGUGGGAGAAAAAUUAAAACCUGAUUCAUGGAGUUGUGUAUAGGGGAUUGAAGAUUAAAAACAACUCAACCCAGAGUAGUCUCUUCUACUCCAGUUCCUUCUACACUUUCGGUCAGUUUAAAUUGCAAAGCUUGUCUUGGACUGUAUUACAUGUUUGAAUACUACCUCAUCUUUAAACAAAAAACCUCUCUUAUCAGACAAAGCAAGUGCAUCAAGGAAAACAGUUCAGCCCAGCCUUCCUCCUCAUGUCCUUUUUUAUGUUCAGGGAGAUUUUCUUGUGGGAUAGCAUUCAAACAUUCAAUUUAUCCAACUGCAGCCUGAAAUGAUGCUGUCCAGGUAGAGUUUUACCGCUUAUAUGACUGAAUGAAUAAACUGACUCUUUUUGAGGCUUUCUCUGGAACAAAGCAGUCUGCAACCGCAUCACUUGUUAAAACUGUGACUGCCGCUUCUCUUCUGAGAAGCAUGUCAGGAGGGGGCAAUUUGCAGUAAAAAGGGGUAGAGAGUAUGUUUCCUCACCUAGCUGGGGUUCCAGGUGCAUGCUUAUAAUAAAAUACUUUUGUUUUUAUAAAGUGAAGGCAAGAGUUAUGGCAGCACUACUUAGAGUCAACUGUGUGACCACUCUACAGUAUGUGUUUAAUGCCCAUACUAGAGGCUACUGCCCUGCCCUAACUGAAGCAUUUGGUAAACGGUGCUCUUUAUUCACUUGGUGGAAGAGGGAGUAAAAUAGCAUUAAAUAUCUAGGUGCACAGGACUCAGUCACUUAUAACCAUUAUAUGAAAAUCUCAAUCAAAUCAAUGAGUUUCAUGUAACAUGCUUGGACUUAGAGGGAGUUGAGCUCAAAAACAAGUAACCACUAUUAUUGUCUGUUUUGACACUUGAUUAGAAGUUAAUGUGUGCAUCUAUGGAGAUCACAGAGUUCUUCAUAUAGGAACUAUGUCAGUGGAGGAAUUCAAUCUGGUAAGGUCAUCAUUACAUCAGGGCAAACAUUUCAGCUUGCCAAAGGAAUGACCCCCUCUUUCUUCCCCUGUGUGCUCAUACAGGGCUUCUGCUCAUUAGCUGAAUUGUUCCUAGGGUUUUUUUUAAAGAUAAAUUUGGCAAAUAUUAGCUUCAACUUACAUGGUCUAAGCUUUUCAUGUAUACAUGUCCAUUUUAAUAUAAUGAAGUAAAAACAAUAUGAAGCUUACAUUUGUCUUUUGCCAAAUGCAGUAUUUGUCAUACUGUACAGUUAUAAAUAAUGCUGUCAGUAUAAAAUUAACUGGAUGUCACAUUUAUUUUCCUAGUUUUGUUCUGACAUCAUGGAGGAACUUGACAUGUUACUUCCCCUGGCUCUGGCAUGCAGAGAUGAGUCUCUCCAGGAAAUUAGAGAAAACUUUGUAGAGGCCUGCUGCAAAGUAGCAACAGCUGUCCUGACAAGGUUGGAGGAGAGAAGUAAAGAUGUCCCUUCCAGAGCUCCACUGCAGAACUUGUAUACUAUUCUCUCCACAGCAGUGCAUGUCUAUCAGCAUUUUAAUAUGUAUCAGCAUCUAAUGAAAGAUACCACUAGAAAGUGAGUCUGUUGUAUUGAUUAAAACACCCAUAAAUACCAGUAAAUCAAACAAUUCCAUUUCAGUGAUACAACAAAUAUAUUUAAAAGAAACAACUUAAAACAAUGUGCUGUUUACUGCCAGUGCCUUGAAUUUUUCUCUUUCUAUCCUGGUUUACUAUGAUCUUGCAUUCACUCUGUACACCACUGUAACUUCAAAGAAGCAUCUAAAACUUUUGUGUAAGACAGAACAGUUCCAGCCCUGUCUUUCUUCAUCUAGACCUUUAAAAUUAUUCAUGUAAUCGGGACCACUUUGGGUUUCAAAUUGUGUUUGAAUGUUGUGGAUGUGGUGAGUUUUAUUUUCCUUGUAUUUAUAUUGCUUUGGAAUAUGUGGUUUAAUGUUUAAUUUUGUAUUUAAAGCUUUUUAUACUCAUUUAUUAUAAACUGCUCAGAAAACUUUUUGUCAUGGAGCAACUUACAAAUAAUAUUAUGCACAUGCGCGUGUGCGCAUGCACACACACAAAUAUGUAUGUUACAUAUAAAUCAGAUUUGGGGAGAGGGUAAUGUCAUAUCAGGGACGUGGGUGGCGCUGUGGUCUAAACCACUGAGCCCCUUGGGCUUGCCGAUCAGAAGGUCAGCGGUUCGAAUCCCCACGACAGGGUGAGCUCCCGUUGCUCGGUCCUAGCUCCUGCCAACCAAGCAGUUGCCAAAAGAAGUGCAAGUAGAUAAAUAGGUACCGCUCCGGCAGGAAGAUAAACGGUGUUUCCGCGCACUGCUCUGGUUUUGCCAGAAGCAGCUUAGUCAUGCUGGCCACAUGACCUGGAAAAACUGUCUGCAAACACCAGCUCUGUCGGCCUGUAAAGCGAGAUGAGCUCCGCAACCCCAGAGUCAUCUGCACCUGGACUUAACUGUCAAGGGUCCUUUACCUUUACCUUUUUUUAAUGUCAUGUCAAUUCCCCCAUACCACUUUAGUCAAAUGCCAUUUUAUUACUCUAUUUGUCUUUUUCUCUCCUCUUCUGUUGUUACUCUUCCUUUUUCUCUGCUGCUCAAAUCAUUUACUUCUCUUGAAAUUCAAACCAUGUGAUGUUAUUCUUCAGCAGCUUCUGCAUUCAACACAAAUUCACUGGUUUCCCCCCCCCCUUUUGAAGCUCUCCGUGGGCUUGACUUACUGUACCUUUCUGCCACAAUUUUUCACCAGGUCCUUUCCUGUGGCCUUGACUUCUUCAGAAGGUUGUUCUGUCUCAAAACCCUUCUCCCUUUCUUCACCUUAGAUUUGGAAUUCCUUCCUGAGAGUUUCUUUUGCACCAUCUUCUCUAAAUUCCUCCUCCAAAUUCACAUUUUCAGUGUUGCCUUUCACUUAAUCCACAUCCCCAAAUAAAACUAAGCCUAACUAUGUGUAGUUGAAAUAGCUGCUAUUGAGUGCUUGAAAACCUUGCCUCGCUUAUUUUUAUCCCCUCCCCUUAUUGUGUUGGGUUAUAAAUUGGAUUAUAAAGCUCCUCUGUUGUAGCAAGCUGUGGUGUUGGCAUAGGCACCCCCUUUGCCACUGUAUCUGAAAUGUUGUGCUUUCAGGAAGGAUUUUCUUGCCUCUUCCUCAGAACAAGACACUGAGGCAGAAAGAAUAGGCAGUGCGUGUGGCCAGGGGAAGAGGAGAACAGCUCCACUGCUGGUGCAAAGAGGAGGAUGGGGUGGUGGGAAUAGAAGGCAAGGGGGUAGCAGCCGAACCACCACCCUGGUCAGAAGAGGCUAACCUUUCUUGUGCUAACCUUGAUAAUAGUAUAUAUUUUUAUAAUAAUUGUAUAUGUAUCAAACAGUUUGGUAUUUUUCCUACCGGACCACUUUUUUAAAUAAAAAGAACUAUCCCUUAAGUAUUGUUUAGAAGUACCACUUAUACUUCUACAUUGCAUUUCAAUAAUAGUGAUCCAAUCAUUUAUAUGUGCAUUGUUUUAGCAGUAGAUUGACGGUGCUGUUUGCCUAAGUAGUAUAGUACACAUUUGUAAAACAGUAGAAGUAGAUUUUCAAAGAGCCUCUGUAACAAAGACCAGAUUUUAACGUGAGUGUAGGUUUAGAUUCAAGAAUCAAGAGGAAAUGAAUGAUUGAUACUUAAUAAUCCAAACCAUUUGUACAACUGUGGGUUGUUACCUCCUACUGCACUGGUCUUAAAUCUUUCCUUCUUUGAUCAUUUGAACAGGCCUGUAUUCCUAAUGCCUCUCCAGCAAUAUCAGGAAUUGAUCAGUGUUCUUCAGUUUCAAAUUACAAACUACUGCAUCAGAAUUUGUGCUACAACUAUUUUACAGGAUGCCGAGAGUCACUACUGGGAUGACUACAAAGCAUUUUAUGAGGUGUGAUGUUAAGUUUACUAGCUUUUCCUUUUACAGAAAUGUUUCAUUCUUUUGUUUUCUUCCUGAUUUGAAACAUAGGUUCAAUACUACCUGAAAUCAAGGUUACAUUUUAAGGUUGUUGAUCUAUAACAACUAUGUGUGCAUAUGCCUCAUUGAGUUCAAUGGGCAUUAUGUGCAUGCAGCAAUGGUCAUGAAUAAAGGCCAAGCUAUAAUAUUAUGUAAUUACAAAACAAUAUCGAGUCCUUCUAGAUGUUUACAUUCUGGUAUGAGUACAUCUUUGUGUGCUUUUUAGUACUCUUCAUUUUUAAAACAGAUGAAUUCAUUAUUGUCUUAUCUACACUCCUGUUAAAUGUCCCCAAUUGGUUGAAUCAAGUAACUUCCAAACUUUGUUCCAAACUACUGUGCCAUAAAAGAACUGCAGUGUAUUGCAAGAAAGUAUAUACAUAAAAUAACUAUAGUUUACUGUGAUCCCAAAAUAUGCACCUGUACAAGCAGCUGCCUCCUUCCUUUGAAUGAUUUGCUGCUUGGGAGCAGGGCUGGCCUGUAACAUUUUGCCACUUGAGGAAAAAUGCUCUGCCAUGGUGGGUGUGCCCCACCACAGGUAUAGCCCUACUGUGUUGCCAGGCCCCCACAUGGUGCACUCAUGGCAGAGGCAGCAGCAGGACGCACCUGCAGAGCAGGAGGCAGCAUGGGGGGCACCCACGGAGUGCAGUGGCAGUGUGCUCAUCAGGCCCAUAUCUGCCCCCUGGGGCAACCACCUAAUCUUGUUUCAUGGGUGGGACAGCCCUGCUAUCAAGGAUUCAUGACCAAUCAACACUCACUGGAGCAAUGAAUUUUUCCAUGGCUAUGCACUGAGCUCAGUAUUUGUUGGUGGAUAAAAUAAUUAGCUAGUAUGUGAAAUGUAGUAAUUCUGAUAUUGUCUUCUUUACAGAAUAUAAAUAUUUCAAAAUGACAGUGAACCUUAAUUUCAAACUCUGGAUAGCUGAACCAUAGUUAAUGCCACAACCAAGGUGGGCAGUGGGGAUUUGCACUCUAAAACAGAUACAGUUUGCAGUAACUUGUGGUGUGAUGUGAAAACAAUCUAGUGCAGUAUCUCACCAACUAAAUAGAUGGAAUACCUGCUUGGCUACCAACUGAAAUAAAGCUUUUAAUGAAACAAACAUCUGCUGCAAUCUCCAAAACGUAUGUUUUCUAGUUGUCAAAAAUAAAGUUGUCUAUUUGUAGAUAAUACUGAGUGGCUUAUGUAGUACUGCCCAGCUGCCUGUUUCUUGACAUACAAUUUAAAUAAAAGCCCACAUCUGUUUUAUUGUAUGAAGCUUGCAAAAAUAGCAGAUGUUUACCCAUUCAGAUACUUUGACAUAACAACAAAUAGCAAACAGGAAAAGGUUCCCUGUAAAUCUCAAUGAGGAUUCUAUUUAUUACCAAGAAUCUACUUUGAUAUGAAAUAAUAUGAAUAAUUUAAAUAAGAACAAUAUAUAUUCUGGUAUAUUGGAAGUUUCAGAUACUAAAUAUCAAAUAACUACAUAAAACACAAUGAACCGAGUAUAGGAUAUAUACCCAGUGGAACAUAUAUUUAAAUGUAUUUUAAAUACUUUAAUAAAUAAAUAAAUACUGAAUUCAAUUAAAACGGCUUCAAAAUGGUUCGUAAAUUAUUAAAUAGUUUCUAAGAAAAGUGAUAUCCAACAAAGUCAUACACAACGUAGAUCAAUUGAAAUCAGUGUUCUUAAAUUACUGAAGGUCACUUAUUUCAGUGAGUCCACUCUGAGUAUGAUUAAUAUUGGAUAUCACCCUAUUUAUUUAUUUAUUCAUAUUACUAUUAUUUUAACAAUGUUUACUGAUAAUGCCUACUGAUAAUUUACUGCUAUUGCAGCAAAUGUUCAACAGUUAAUGACUUUACCUGUAUAUUAUAAAAUGCAUGAUAAAACAUUAAUAAAAUGUCCACAUAUAAAUCAUUUAAUUUGAUGCUAAUCUUGGAAGCAUUAUUUGUAGAGCUCUUCACUGGUAAGGUUUUUUAAAAAAAUAGUUAUGCUUCAUUAUAGUGACCCAUAAUAAUAGAACUUCAUAGUAUGUUGCAUAUCAGACAGGAAAUUAUAAUAAUCUCUGCUAUAUGAAAAAGAAAUCUGCAGAGGCAUAAAAUUGUCACAGAGUUUAGACUGUUACUAUAUUUGUUUCUGGUAUUGUUAAAAUAUAAUAAAAUAGCUAAAGGAUCUUUAAAAAGAAUUAUAACAAUGAAUGAACAUUUACAUUCAGCAAGGAACACUGGGCAUAUUUUCAACUCUUAGGCUGUAUUUAUAGGCUGUCGGAUUAUAAUGUCUAUAAUCUAUCAAUGUAGGCAAAUAAGUGUGUAAAUUAACUCAUUCAGUUGGUCUGUAAGUACUUUCUCUUAUAUUGUGGUAGGAUUAAGGCUCUCAGCAAGGAUCCUCUAAUUUUUUGCCGCAUGUACCUCCAAGGGGUACUUUAAUUGUAUGCAUAUCUACUCAGAAGUAGUUCCCAUUUUGUUCAAUAGGGCUUGUUCCCAGGUAAGAAUGUGUACAACUUCAGCCUGAGUUACCUGUGCUACAUAAAACAUAACUCAAGUUGUAAUGUGGAUAUAAAUGCCCCAUUUGGAAAACAUCUACUUAUGGCCUUCAGUGAAGAAGUUGGAGCACCUGGAGAUGUAUUAACUUGCUGGUGACAGCUGCAUAGAAAGUUAUUCUCAGUAGCAAUUAAGAGUCUAACUAAGAGUAACUGCUUCAUGGUUGGUCAGCCUUUUACAAUGGGAUUUGCCCUUGAUCACAGCAGAGAUGGUGAGUAGUUGUACACAAUUUCGUAAAUUAGUAACUACACAGUAUAGCAUGCUUAUCCAAAAUAGGUUUGGGGAAGGUAAGUUUAUGGUAGGUCAAAUGUUUGUGGUUUUGGAAGAAAACUGCUUUCCCAGCUGAAACAAGACCUGAGUUGUUUUUGGGAGGGGAAAUAUGUUUUGCAUCUUGCAAGGUUUCUGGUCUAGUUAUUCAGCAGUUCAUACUUUUCAACUAUUUCCUCUCGGCCUGAAUGGAUUAGAUUCACUGAAUCCAGCCUGACAUUCAGGAAGAUGGGUUUCUAUUGUUUAACAUUUGUUGGUUUUGCCAGGGGGAAAGAUGCUCAUUCUCCAUCCAGAUGUGGCAUUAUUUCUGCUGUGCUCUUCAUCAUGAUCUAUGGACUGUUCUACCCCCUGUGCUAGCCCAGGAGAUUUUAACAGAAGUGCUGGAGGAAUCCUUGGCACUCCUGGCUUGCAGAUAUUUUCAGGCCCAGCCCAGUUACAAGAGAACACCGCAGAUAAGGUAAUGAUUGAUUUGAAUUUUGCGCUGUGGGUGAUGUGAAUGUAUUAUUGUUGUUUCCUGUUCUGCUUAUUAAAGACAAUACAAGCUAACAAAACUAUACAAUUUAACAAGCAAUGAAUAUAAAAACGUUUUUAUUAAAAGCCUGUUGAAAUAAAUCCAUUUAAAGUUUUGUCUAAAGCACAAGACUGAGGAAGUCAUCCAAUCGUUUAUAGAAGGUUAAUUUUGUUUUAUGCCUAAGCAUAUGUUUUAUGCCUGAACUUUUUACUCUGUGAAUGUUAAGUAAACUCUUCUGCAUUCAAAUGUAACAAUACAACCAUGGCUUAGGGAUACACAAACAAGCUACAGUGAGCAUUUGGCUUGCAAACUCAUGCCUCCAUUUUUCUCUGAUGUAGCUGUGAUGAGAUUAGAAGCAUCUGCUUCUGUUUUAGGUUAACAUGGCAUACAAACCUGAACUAGGGGAUCACCACAUUUUUUGGCCAGUGGAUACAUUUGGACUUUUUGGUGAGAACUAUGGGCCAUGUCCCCUCUGGCAAUUUCUCUCCACUUUCCCCACAGAGGUGCAGAAAGUGACUGCGCGCGCACCCCCCCCCCCACCUAUACAUAUUCUUUGCUUUUCCAAGUAAUCUAAGUAAAAGUUGGAUCCAGUAGAUCCAACUUAAGAAACCUGUGGAGUUGAAAGAGGAAGUAUGAAAAAUCAUCACUCUCCUGCAGCUCUCUGUACUUCUCAAGGGAGAAGAAGGUAACCAGCUUAAACCACCUCAUGACCAAGGGAUAGUGACUAGAAGGGGUGGCUGAGAGGCUUCAUGAGUCCUUCAAGGGAAAAUUUCAGAGCUGCCGUUGCUUCUCUUCUAUAGGCACCUCAUUAGCAACCUCUCUCCUAAACUGUGGUUUAUUGAAACAAGUUAGCUUGAUUUAAAAUACUAUAGUUGAGACAUCAAGUUUGUCCAAGGUUAUGUGCGUACUGUAGAUCAGAAGCUCUGCUGGAGCCCAUGGUUUGCUGUGAAUUGUUCUAAAAACAAUAUAAUAUCUCCCUGGAAACUUGUUUUUCAUGCAUGAAAAAGUGCUUUUUCUAGUCCUAGCUGUAGUUGCGUAUCUUUUCAGUGUUCACCAAAAUUGUAUGCCUUUGAUCAUUCAUACUGCAGCUUUUAACCUUUAAGUUCAAUAUGCGAUAUGUUUCCAAGGUUAGUUGUGGGCAUGAUAUUCAUCAAGGAGAUGAUAAAAACGGCUAAUGACAGGAAGCAACUAGCAAUGGAAGUAAAAGCUACAAAAUAAAUAUAUAUGGUGCAAUAUACAAAGCUUUAUUUUUACAGAAAAAUAAUAACAUGGUAGACUGAAGCCAAAGCAGAGCAGAUCCAUCCUUCAAAUGUCACAUAUUUUCCAACAUCUAGGUACAAACUACAAAGGAACUUAUUUUUCAAAAUGUUGCUUGUGUGUAUAACCUCAUUAUACAGAGGAUUUAUAGAUUUCAGUAUAUAUGAAAAUACUUAGACUAUUGUCUAUAAGCAUACAUAAAGAAUGGAAACACCCUAGUGAUUUCUAGAUUUAAUUUUCUUUAUAAUUAAGAAGAAUGAGAACAUACAUACUCUAUUGUGUAGCAGAGCAGGCUUUUAAUAUUAAUUCUGGAAUUAGAAGUAUGAUCAAAUUCAGCUGCUAGAGCAUUUGAGUCCUGAUCUGUUUCUGCUGUUCUCUGCAGAUUCUGUACUUUAUUUGCUUUUUGUUGAAAUCAUGACAAUUGAUUCAUUCUUCUUGAAAAUCUGAUAGGCAGAUGUAUACAUUGUUUGGAUAGCAAUCCUGCCCUAUUACAAUCAAAACGUGAGCUUUGUCAUUAAUGCCAGUGGGAUGUAGGUUGUAUCCAUAGUCUUUGCAAUCCUUUUUUACAACUCACUGUUCCUUCUUUGUCAUGCCAAAGACAUUUACAGUGCCACGUUAACUGGUAGCUAUGUAAUUCUUAAACAGCUUCUGGCAUAUACUAGUUAUCAUAAUAUAGCAUGUUCAUAAAAAAGCAAGAAAGUAAUAAUAGAGGAACCAUAGUGAAACAAUGGGAGAUGGGGCAAGUGGCAAAUAAAUCUUGGGAGAAAAAAGCGGGUACUCGGAAAGCACAUCUGGAGCCCAUGAUGAAAAAUCAAUAUAAAAUGGAACUUGUAUACUAAAGGAAUGGGGAAAGAGCACCAGUUUCCAAAACUCUUUAUAUAAAAUUGUGCCAUGAAUAUUUAAACUAAUGUCUUCCUUUUGCGGGUGGCGCUGUGGGUUAAACCACAGAGCCUAGGACUUGCUGAUCAGAAGGUUGGUGGUUCGAAUCUCCGCAACGGGGUGAGCUCCCAUUGCUCGGUCCCUGCUCCUGCCAACCUAGCAGUUCGAAAGCACGUCAAAGUGCAAGUAGAUAAAUAGGUACCGCUCCGGCGGGAAGGUAAACGGUGUUUCCGUGCGCUGCUCUGGUUCACCAGAAGUGGCUAAGUCAUGCUGGCCACAUGACCCGGAAGCUGUACACCGGCUCCCUCGGCCAAUAAAGCGAGAUGAGCGCCGCAACCCCAGAGUCGGUCACGACUGGACCUAAUCGUCAGGGGUCCCUUUACCUUUACCUUCCUUUUUGGAAAAGAAAAUAUGUGUGUCUAAAUAUUAUAAAGCAAACAAUCAAAUGAAUAUAUAAAUUAUUUAAAAUGUAUUCCACUCAUAUUCAGUAUUGUUUCUGAAAUUUGUUAAGAACCGGGGAUAAAAAGCUCUGAAGAAAACAGAAAAAGAACAUAUUCAAUUUUCAUUUUAUAACAGGUGUAAGGAACAGAGAAAUUAAAAUAUAUUUAGUUGUAAUGUUUUAUUUGGUGUAUUCAGAACUGGAUAAAAUUGCAAAUUUUCGCAAAUUAUAAUCCUAGCUUGCACAUGUAUAACAGUUCAAGUGGUGAAUUCCUUCCUCAUUCAUAUCUAUGGAGGGAACUAAUCCACAGAUAAUCGUCAUUUCUUGAAAUCAAUGGGGAAAGUGAAACAUGAGAGCUCUGUGUAUAGUUUGGUAAUGUUGUACCAGGAACAAGAUUGUAUUAUUAUUACUUAAAAUUCCUGAUGAUUUUAAAUAAUGUAAAAGAGAUCACUUGUAUAUAAAAUCCUUUCUGCAUUGUAGCAGAUUACUUGAUUGAAUGUGUUGAAUUGCAUGCCUCGAUUGAUUUCAGGGUUUUUGCUUUGUCUCUUACAGAAUAGAUGUUAUAGCAAUUCUGAUGACCUGUGAAAGCAUGCUGUGGUCAGUUUGCAGUUCUGUGCAAGAACUGUUGUUCCCACAAAAAGACAGAAAUCGUAUUUAUAAAAUACACAAGUAUUGCAACAAUUUACUUGCAGCAGCUGUCUUUUUAACUGCACCAUUGGAGAACCUGUAUAAGUAAGUGUGAUGUAAUAUUUUAAGACAAACAGACAUUUAUCCUAUAGAAGGAGUAACAAUCGUCUAUCUUUGUGUAAUGGCUGGAUUCCAGUAUGGUAAUGAUGCACCAAAAUCUAAACAUUGGUUUCAACUGUGGAUGGGAAGCGGCGCUUGAAUGUACAUUAUUUUACCCUGCAGCAGAUUUGUUUGAGGAAAAUGGUGUCAUUAGAAUCUGGUAAACUUGAAACCAGUCUAUAUUCAGUACUCUCAAGGCUGCAAUCCUAAACAUGCAUACUAGGGAGUAGUUGAACACAGAGAGACUACUUCCAAAUACACAUGCAUAAGAUUGCAUUGUUAAGAAUUUGAUAAUAAUAGCAAAGCCUCUAGCAAUAUCUAACUCUACUGCCUGCUUGGUCACAUUCACACCAUACAUUUAAAGCACAUGGCUUCUUCCAAAGAAUCAUGGGAACUGCAAUUUGUACAGAGUGUUGGAAAUUGUAGCUCUGUGAGAGGUAAACUACAUUUCCCAGGAUUUUUUGUGGGAAGCCAUGUGCUUUAAAUGUAUGAUGUGGAUGUGACCGAGGCUGGGGCUGGGGCUGGGGCUGGGGCUAAGCCGUCAGGAGGGCUGAAGCUCAUUGCCCAAAACUCUGGAGAACUCCUGCCAGUCAGAAUACAGAGCUAGAUGGGCUUAGCAUCCUGUGUUCCUAAGGGCCUUUGAUCUGUUCUAAUCCUAACAGGAGCAGGCCAGAUGAAAGACUGAGGGAAGAAAAAUAUUUUUAAAAGUCAUCGACCUAGAAGAUAAAGGUUGAUCCUAGACCAGGCAUAGGCAAACUCGGCCCUCCAUAUGUUUUGGGACUACAACUCCCUUCAUCCCAAGCUAACAGGACCAGUGGUCAGGGAUGAUGGGAGUUGUAGUACCAAAACAGCUGGAGGACCAGAGUUUGCCUAUGCCUGUCCUAGACAAUAAGGAGAAGAGGACAAGGAAAGAGGCAGGAAUUUGAAGGGGGAAAGGGUAAGUGGGAGAAAGAAUAAGCACAUAACCAGAAGUCCCGAAUGGAAGGCACAUGAUGAAAUGUACACAUGACCAAAAGCCCCCAAACUGAGGAAGGCUGUUAAUGAACUACAAUAUAACUAAACAGUAUAGUAUCAAGAUUGUUCUUUUUUGAAAAAGGGGACUUCAAGUUUGUAACCUGUUUUGAGUCUAUUAUGUUAGGUGGAAGGUGAGAUGCAAACUGAGAUCUUUUAAAUACCAUAAUAAAAACAAAUCUCUCGGUUUAUCUCGUAGCUUUGUGAUACUUCUCAGUAUAACUUCAUAACAUUGGAGGGAGCAGGCACACUGAUUUUAAUUCAAAACACACUAAGAAAAGGAACCAUAUUUCUUUGUGCAAUUCUAACUGCUGUCAUCUACUAAACUCCAUAUUUUAGCUGUUGGGAAGAAUAUUUUUUCUUCCAACUCUUUGUGCAUUCGUGUCCUGAUACACAGCCCUUUGAGACUGUAAACAAAAUAACACAACAUGGCUAUUUCUAAGCUUAAAUCCAGAGGGUUUUUACAUAUUGUAUCCAAGGAAAAUCACAACAAACUUAUUAUUGAUCAAGCAACAGUUGUACAUCUGACAUUCCAUAAACACAUGCUAGUGAUAGCUAUCUGUGUUUCCUUGGAGAACUGAAACCUGCUUUGCAAUCAAUAAACUACAUCAAGUAAGUGACACACACAACUCAAGACUAUCUGUCCUGAAGCCCUUCAAAAUAUAGAAUUCUUUCUAUUCUUUCAAAUAAGAAUUUGUGGGUUUUUUGUUUGUUUUCAAAUUGUAUAUUUUAAUACAUGAAGGCAAUAAACAAAAUAGAGAAAGUGAUAUCUGCUAUUCCUGAAAAAAUCGAAAUGUGUUCACUAAGGUUCCUACAGGUUGAAAAGUAGCUCAUCUUUGAAAACAAGAUUUAUUUAACUGACAUGCUAGCUCAGGCCAUAUAUAGAAUAUAGCUAUUUUGAAUUGUUCCCUAUGAGUCACAUACCAUUCUUUCCUAACACUGAUAUAAAUAUUUUUGACUUGCAAUUUUAAACAAAACCACCUUCUCUUUCUUGCCAAUCCACAUUUUUUCCUGGCCUUUGUUCCCACCCACCAUUUUGUUUGGUCAUUUCCCUUGCUGUUCAUCCUCCCUUCUUUUUGGCCUAUGGAUUGUUUCUCUUUCCUCCCUUAUCCAUCUCUGACUUGGUGGGGGGGAUGUGUGGAGGCAGGUAGUCCCCAUUCUUCGGGGCUUGGUUUGCUGCUUUUCCAGCCACAGAACUUAAUCCACCAUACCCAUAUACCACUGCAUGUGUUGACAGCAAGACCUGAUACAUUUUCAACUACGACAGCAGAUUUUUCUUCAAAGGAUGUUCCCAAUCAGCCCUGGUUUUCAUUACAGCAAGCCUGAUGCUUCUGUGCUCUGUCAGUCCUCUGCCUUAACUGCCCAAAUGGCUAUAGCCCCUAAAAUUCUCAGGACACACACACCCCGUGCCCCCCCAAACCCAAAAGAAAACCACUUCAGCUACUGCAGCAGUUGCUGAUGCAAUUAGUACCAAGGCAGUGCUGGAUCAGCCGCCACACAGGGUGCAGUAUAUGGGACAUGAAAAAUCUACCAGCAGCAGUGCCUAUCUCCCUUUCCCUGUUCUUUGACUGAUCACUGCACGGCAGAGACAGUGAUCGGGAUCUGAUGGAUGAAUGGGAGCCAGAGUGGCAGAAUUGUUUAACUCUUCCCAGCAAUUCUCUGAGAAGGAGUCUUGCAGCUGCCCUGUUCAUGCUUUUGGCUUUCAGUACUACUACUGUUGACUUGACACAGGCAUCACUUACCUCCUCAAACAGGUUCAACUGGCUUUUAUUCCCAGCCAAAGUGUUUUUUAAAGAGGGCAUCCCUAUAUGUCCUCCUGUGGUGCAUCAUUUUCAUUCGUGGAACUUAAAGAAGGUUCUGCAGACUCUAAUGUUCAAACCAUUCCAAACUGUUCCACUCCACGUCCUUUCUCAUAAGGUCCUCCUUUUGGUGGCCAUCACAUCAACAUGGCUUAUUUUGGAAUUGAGUGCCUUAUGCAUAUUCCUGAAAGACUGUGUGGAAAGACUGUGAUUCUUUGUAUGGAUCUAUCAUUCAUGCCUAAGGCAAAUACAAGUUUUUACUACAACCAGAACCUCCUUCUGGCCUAACCGGAUUCAUCCCUUAGAGAAGGCCUGACACAUAGUGGAUCAUCUACUGGGUGCUUAAAGUCUGUAUCAGCCAGACUAAGGACUUCGGGUUGACAGAGGUGUUGUUUCUUCCUUUCCACCCUCUUGGGGUAAGAAAAGCUAGCAUGCUGGCUGAGGGUAUGUAUCAUCUUGGCUUAUGACUCUCUCAAGCUGCCUGCCCUGCAGAAUAUCACAACCCAUUCCACAAGGUCUGCUUUUACUAUGCCAACAUUUGCCAUCAAUGAUCUUUUUAUUGGCAUCCACAGAGCUGGCACUUGGUCCACACCAAAAACUUUGGAUAAACAUUAUAAACUGGACUUCUAUGAAUCUGCUGGCGCCUCUUUUUGAAAAUGGGUUUUGCAGCAAGUGGUUCUGUAGACUUAGGUGUCCUGGAAUUGCCUGUAUUACUGGGACUCCUUUGGUACAUCCCACCUGCUGUACUGUCACUCAGGGAAAAGCACCUUCCAGGGGAGACCAAGAGUUCCUUCUGGUUCUUGGCUUUAGUGUAGGUAAAGCCAACAGUGUUGAAAUGAGCAGCUUAUAUGUGCCAGUGAAUGUAAUUAUCUGAGACACCCAUCUGCAAGUAUCAUGGAAGUAUUGCCUGAAGUUGGAAUCAACCUUGACAUCAUUGGAGUGUCAAACAUUCCUGAAAAUUCAUUCUGGCGGUUAAUAAAUUAUCAUGACUGCAAUCCACAACAAUUCAAUUUUGCUGUCAAUUUUAAUAGGAACCUAUGUUACCUGUUCAGUUUUAUUGCCAAUAUGUUGUAUUCCAUUAAAAAAUAAAAGAGUCCCAUCUUUUUAUUUAAAAAUCUCAUAGAACGCUGUUAUCCUAAUUCGUUUUAAUGCUAUCAGCAUAUAAAUGCUGCUUUUCAUAAUCUUUGCAGACACUCAAAUUCUAAAGGAAUUUAAAUGAAUUUAAUGUUUAUACUAUUCACAUAUUCUUGGUACAAAGUAAGUCCAGUAAAAAGCAUAUUGAUGAAUAAGUCAAGGUGUACCAAACUAUCUCAGCUGUCUCCAGUAUUAAUUUCCAGUUUAUUUUCCAACAUCAAAUUAUUUAAAUUCUAUAAAGCAACAGUGUUGGGAAUUCAUCAUUUAUGCAUCUCAUCAUUUCACACUAGCACUGAGAUUUACAAAAUCAGUUCUCACCUUGUCAUACGCUACAGGAGAAUAGCACAACUCAGACAUGGAAUAUUGCUCUUGUAUCAAAUACUUUCACAGAUGCUUUCCCCAGCUUUUGAGACAAGAGGCAGCUGCUAUAGGAUAUUUUAUACAUAAAGAACAUUUCCUAAUAGCUGUGGUUAUGCACUAAUGAUUAAAGUAAGAAAUUUAAGCUGAAUAUAUAUUUGUCUGUUAGUAGUAUUUUCAUUACUAGUAAUGGACAGUGGGGGCAACCAGGUUAUUCACUGGUGUUUAGGCUGCAUAUCCAUUUGAAAAUUACUUUAGAAAAAUGUCUGGAAUGUGUUCCAAUGAAGACAGGGGGGCAUUCAGUAUCCUUCAGUUUAUCACCUUCCAUCUAGCCAGGGGUCAGAGCACUCUUAUUGUUUUUCCUUUUUUGAGACAAUGGCCCCAUAAUCUCCAAGAUGGGUCAUGCUUCAUAGCCAAGAAUCAGUUCCACAUUUAAAGGUUAGCGCCACCACCUAGAAUCAUACAAAGAACCAGGAAUCAGUGCAGUUGUUUAAGCAUUGACAAAAUACGUUCCCAAUGACCAGUCUCAGUUAGUAGCCCAGCAUCUGCAUUUUGAUUUACUUGUACUUUAUCUGCAAUGUUGUCUGCAUUCUUCAAAGUAGUCUAAUCUGCCAGACUAUUUUGUCCAGGACAAGUUACUGCUAGGGCACCAGCUGAAGUUAAUGAAAGGCGCCUUGGACUACUAAGAUCGCUUGGGCCUCUAGUGACAAAGUUGGAUCUUUGAACACUUCUUGACUGUGGACUUGAUCCUUUGGGGGUGCCAACUACUCAGAACCCCACUUCCCUGGACAGAUUACCUACUCACAAACAGUACUUUCAUUUUGCGUGGCUUGAGCUUUUGUUCAUUGGUUCUUAUCCAGUCCAUUACUGUUCUCAGAUAGUGAUUUUAACACCACCAAAGGUCAGAUAUAAAGUAGAAGUAUUGUUUCUUCACUUUCAUCACAGUCACGGUGAGGCUCAGUAAUAGGUCUUAACUGUGUUGGGUCACCACACAGUAGUUUCCUGCAACUUUCAUUACAGCUAUUCUGCUUCCUACAUCACAAUUCCCAACACACCAGUAAACCAAGGAAUUAAACAAGCUUUACCUGACGAAGGCGAUGUCAAUCACCUCACAAAAUGCCUACAGUAUCACCUGGCAUUUUGGCUAGAAAUUUAUCAAAGUCCACCACCCCUGCAGAGAGAAGUGGUUGCUGCCAGUCUGAACCUUAGCAAAAAGUGAAAUGACCAUGAGAAGAGAGACCAAGAGAAAUCCUCCACAACCAGAUAGCCAUCUUCUGCCACAGUUGAGAAGGUGGCCUCCCACAUUCAUUUGACUGAUGACAUGCUGAGAGAAUGUAUGGUUGUCAUGGCAGUCAUGAACCUCUGAGCCUCACUAUGCAAGGCAGACAAGAACCACAAGCCUAGUAAGUGCUGCUGGGCUAGAAGCUGGCAUGCAGAGAGAUGCUCACUGCUGUAAGCAUACUCAAAAAAAGUUUUUUAAGAUCAACAGAAGUUGCAGAAAAAUACCUCCUUAGUUUGCAAGGGAGCAAAUGGCUAUAAAAUGUUUAUUUGUGGCCACUGAACUAUCCUGUGUUGGGACAUGGAACAAAGCAGAAAGAAUAUUAAGUGUAAAGGCUACACAAUAGCCCAGCUCUAGAGAAUACCAGUCUCUGUGGAGCAACAGCAGGAGAGGGUUGUUACUGUCUGUCAUUCUCUGACUAGCAGAAACAGGAAUACAUUAAAAUGUAAAUCAUAGCUUAAAUCUGAGCAGAAAAUUUUUAUAUUGUACUUUGACUUGAAUCCUAAGAACAGCAAGUGGAGUGUUGCUUGUGCAACAAGGCUUUCCCGCCACUGUUGUGGGUUUGGAGACACUAUAUUCCACCCUGUUCAGCAACUGUAAUUUUUAAAAACUAUUUUUAACUUGCAUUUUAAAUUAUUGUAACCCACAUCCUGGGACGUCCUGGUAAAGGGCAGAUAAUAAUAAUAAUGUGUGAACAGUGACUGUGACUUGAAAUUGGAGACCCCCUUGUGUUGAACUGAAAAACCUUCUAUAAGUAGCUCAUUGAUUCCAAGCCAAAUACUUGUUUGCUGUUCAAAAGCUGUUAAAGAAGUAUGAUUAUUGAACUAAUUCUACUUGAACUACUUGUAUUUUUCAGGACAUUUCAUAGUAGUGUUGGUGAUCCCUUGCCCUCAGAUUUUUUGGAGCCUACUGUUGACCAACCAUUACGCUGGUUAUCUGGCAUCACAGAAUUUUCCCCUUCUUUACUGAAGUAAGUAUCUUUAUAUUAAAAUGUAGAUAAGAAACUGAGAUAUAAUCUAUUGAUUUCUCAGUUCAACGUUAUUUAUUUAAUUUUAAUUUUAGCCUGCCCUUCACCAAAUGAGCGUGUUACAGGAAUAUCAUAAAUAAAAUAAGUUAAAAUCAUAAAAUAAAACCACAGAAAUGACAGUAUCAGAAUAACAGAGCAACUGUUCAAGUCACUUGCAAUAGACUAAUAUACAGAUAUCAAAUAUAGUUUCUUCAUACUAGUUUUCUCACACAGAUUCCAUGUGGGGGCUGUGUAGACUUAAUGUAUAGACUAUACAUUUUUUUUGCCCAGCUGAUGGGAUCUGAAAUGAGCCACACUUCCUCAUCCAGAUGCUCCACUCUCUGAUACAAAUUUCCUCUAUUGCUUUUCUAAUGGGGCGCUGACCAUAAACAUGGUUUUAAGCUGCUUUGCGAUUUCUGCUUUUGUUUACCAUGUUUGAGACUGAUGGUAAGAAUGUGGGCCAUAUAGUGAGCAAUUGUGCUCACACAUUCCCCAGCCCACGUACCCAGGGCUAAACUACAGGCAUCUUAUAUUUACACCAGCUUCCAAUUCAAACUAUUUUAGUGUGAUGGUAAUUGUUGUUGAAGAAUGGGUAGUUCUUCUUUAGCAGUAUCUAAUUAUUUUAACAUUGAUGUUUGAUUAUAGACAUAAUCUGUUGCUUUAGUAAUAUAUAAAUGUGCUGUUCUUGACAAUAAAAUAACUCAAUCUAAGUUUUUCUUUCCUGUUUAACUAUUUUGACUUUAAAUUUUGAGUAUUACAUGAAACUUUAUUUGUAUCUGGAAAAAGUAGUAACUUUGGGCAUUAGAAAAGCUAGAUAAUUCUACAAAACUAAACUUCAUUUGAACAACUAAUUUGUUCGUAUUUGGUAUUUUUAGAAUUUGUUUCAUGUUUGGAAGCAAUGCAUAAUUUCCUUGCCAUUUCAGUAAGUGUAAUGACAAUUUACAUAUGAAGCAUAUGCCAUCAGUUGUACUGUCAUUCUUUUUCUAACUUUGGACCAAAAUUCCUCCCACGCCCGUUUUAGCAAGCUAUCUAUGCUCCCCACAGAAUUUGUAUCCUUUCUCAGUAACCUGCGUAUUUAAAUAAAUGCUAUGAUUUUUAAUACUUAUUCUGAAAAAGUAAAUCUUUAGCUUCUGCUACAUUUAAUGACUAUGUCUUUAAUUUCAGCGUGCCAUAUUUUUCCAUGUAUAACACACCCCCAUGUAUAAGACAACCCCUAUUUUUCUGAACCCCAAAUUGAGUCAGAGCCUGAACCUGAGACCAGCCUCCCCAUGCCAGAGCCUGAACCUGAGACCAGGCCACUUGCACCUGAACCCGGGCUGCCUGUGUCAGAGCCCAAACCCGAAUCCAAGUCCAGACCACCCACACCAGAGCCCACACCCAAGCCUAGGCUGCCCGCCACAAAGCCCAAGCCCAAACACCUGUACAUUCACCAUCCUUGUAUAAGAUGACCCCCCCCCCAAUUUUUGACUAAUUUUUAAAAGCAAAAAACAUCGUCUUAUACACAGAAAAUUACGGUAGCUUUUUCUACCAUUCAAUAUAUUAAUACAGAAAAAAUAAGAGGAAAUUGCACUUCAGUUUAUUAAUGUCCAGUGUGAAUGGAGGUUCUUUAGAGGCAACUAUAAAACAAAUAUAUAGUCAGCAUAUCUGUGUAAACCCGGUUACAGAAAUAAUCAUAGCUCCAUUCAGAUGUCAAGUGUCUUGUAGAAUUGGAAUCAUAUGAGGGGUAGAACAGGGGCUACGCUUUCUGUCCCCAUCCACUCCAUCAGGUCCCUGUCAGUUGGCCUUGCUGCCCUCUGUAAGGCCUAUUCUUUAUGGGUGUGCUCCUCGUGUAAUUGAAAACCCUAAAUCUUGUAAAAAGACUACUCAAAUAGUGCAUGCUUCCCACUUCAGGCCUUUUCGAAUGCACAGAGGAAGAGGGAGCAGAUUGUUAGGGAUUCAACAAAGGGCCCUGUGAACAUUGACACAUUUCUAAUCAUGUAUGACCUAGAAUACUCUGAUAAGGUUCAUGUCUUUAUCAUUACACAUUAGUCAAUAUUGCAUGAAUAAUGUGUUGAAGCUUAUAAAAUAAGACUAAGUAAACAGUAUAAAUGUUUUGACAUGAGAAAGAGCCCCAUUGCACAAAUGGACUUCAGUUUGUGUAAUGCUGGAAUCAAUCCUUUAGAUUAGAUGUUAAGCUUCCUGUAAUGUAACUCAAAGUAGGAUUGAAAAAAAUUUGAUGUUGAUGAUAUGCGUACUUAGUUAUUUACUAUUUUUAAUUCCCUUUGUUCUCCAAGAAUGUCAAGACAGCAUACAUGGUUCUCCUCACCCCUGUUCUAUUUGCACAGCAAUCCCGUGAAUUAGGCUGAGAGUGUGUGACUGGUCCAAGGUCAUCCAGCCAGCUCUGUGACUGAGGAUUUUAAGCUGGCCUCCCUGAUCCUAGUCCAGCACCCUAACCACUACAUGACACGACACGACAUGACACUGUAAACCACUUUGAUAUUUUCAUGAUAUAGCAGUAUAUACAUAUUUUCAUAACUAUUUAAAUAAAUAAAUAAAUAAAUAAAUAAAUACAUCUUUAGUUAAUAAGAAAUGAUUUUCCAUGCAUGUUCAUGUUGAUUUAGUGGCUGAAUGCCCAAUUUUAAGCUUUGGUGAAUGUGCAUAAAAGGAGGAGGUUGAAUUACAGGGCUAUACCCUGAUUGCUGGUGCUGCAGUUUCCAUUGGCAUUGCCGUGCUAGUCAUUUCCUCCUACCUCCAAUACAGCUUAGUGGUACCAUAUAAAAGCAUCCAUAUAUUGCUGGAAAGGAUAUGAAAAAAGUGGUAAGUUUGCCAACAGCUCCUGGAUGAGCUGGCCUCCCAAUUGUAGUAGAUUUGUAGAGGUAGAUGCAAACCAUCACUUGUUCUUUUCUUAAUACCAAAUUAAACAUUUAUAUGUGUCAUAUUUUAUAUAUAGUUCACCUUUUCCUCUUUACGUGGCUAGCCUUGUGUUCACAGCUACAUGAGCUUGUAAGAUGAGAGAACAUAUGCUUCUCCAUAUGUCCAAUAUAAAACUUUUCAGUGCAUUUACUAGUGUUAGUAUAGUGGCUUCGGGGAAUGUCUGUAAUACUCUUAUUUUCCCUCUGAGUGAAUCACAUCAACUGUGCAUUUCAAUUUGCAUGAUGCUCUAAGAGCCAAGAAUUGGCAAAUACUGAAAAGCAAUAACAUCCCAUCUGGUCAAUGAUAGUUGAGCUUUACCUCAAUAUUCCAUAAGUCACUUUAGAUAUUACUUUAAAUACUUAACUGUCCAAAGGCCUUCUUUUUCUUAUGUUUAGAAAUUGAAGGGAAGUGUUGCUUUAAUUUGUAUAGUUAGAUACCUAAUUACGUAGCAUGGUAAUGGUAGCAUGGUGAAAAGAGCUAUGAUUUCCUGAACAUUAUCUGAAUACAUAGAAAUGUUGGGAAAUGGAGUAGGGAACUGGGCUAAUAUGAAGCCUUUGUACUUAAUAUAUAAUCCAUAGAAUCAUAGAACUUCCAUAGAGUUGGAAGGGACCCAAAGGUCAUGUAGGCCAACCCCCUGCAAUGCAGGAAUCUCAGCUAAAGCAUCCAUGACAGAUGUCCAUCCAACCUCUACUUAAAAACUUCCAAAGAAGGAGAGUCUACCACCUCUCAUGGGAGUCUGUUCCACUGCCAAACAGCUCUUACUGUCAGAAAGAUUUUCUGAAUGUUUAGUCGGAAUUUCCUUUAUUGUAACUUGAAGCCAUUGCCUUGAGUCCUACCCUCAAGAGCAGGAGAAAACAAGCAUGCUCCCUCUUCCAUUUGACAGCUCUUCAGAUAUUUGAAGAUGGCUAUCAUCUCUCAGUCUCUUCUUUUCCAGGCUAAACAUACCCAGCUCCUUCAAGUGCUCUUCGUAAGACUUAGUUUCCAGACCCUUGAUCAUCUUGGUUUCCCUCCUCUGCACACGUUCCAGUUUGUCAACAUCCUUCUUAAAUUGUGGUGCCCAGAAUUGGACACAUCUGUUUUAUGUUACCAAAUAUACUUUUAUAAUUCUGCCUUAAUUAUAGUGUGACAAGUAGCUCGCAUCGUAUUUCCCACCCAACCCUAUUUGUUUCUUUCUUAUUUCACAGACUUGAUUUCAAAUAUUUUAUAACAUCACUCUAAACACUUAAAUACAACAUUGAACUAAAAUAUAAUGCCUCAGAUUUAUUCAGGCAUUAAAAAUGAUUUUUGCCUCAUGAAACAAGAGCAUAUCUGGCCCCAAUGAAAGAGAUAAGUGAGGUUACUUUGUAUCAGUUAAAAUUUGGCAGUCUACCAAAUGUUAAUUUGCUUUUUAGCUAGUUGAGAUUAAAUGUAAUUCCUUCCCUGAGCAGCCUUAAAGUAAGCAACCAUGAAAGCAUUUUCAGAGUAAUCUGGGAGGAAUUGACAUUUAAAGGAGUUAGCAUUACAUCUGCACUUUAAGGCUAUUAAUUUCAUAGAUAAAUUAACGACAUUAUUCUGUCUUUAUCUUACAUUUUGAAAGGACUCCAUCAGCCAGAGGAAUGGCAGCCCAGGGUCAACUCAAGCUGCUCUUAUCCCAGCCAUGCUGUAAUUGGAACUUGCUUUUGGAAACCCUGCUACAUCACGAUUGUCUCUUAGUGAAACUUUUACUGAGGAGUUCCAGUAAGUACUGACACUUUCUAUAGUUGCAAUAUUUUACCGCUGAAGAAACACAAGUAAAUUGUUCAGGAUUGCCACAUUGUUCGCUAUUUUAAUAUUAGCAGAAGGAUCGUGGUCAUCACUUCACAUAAUUAGCAUUAGGCUCAAUACUUGCAAUCUAAUUUUCUUUCAUUUUUUUGCUGAGGAUUUUUUGUUUGGAUAGGAAUUCACAUUUAUCAUGCUAAUACUGUUUAGAAUAUAAUGUGUUUGUUAUUUACUAAAACGUUAGCUGUAGAUAUUCUGCAGUUCUCUUGGUCCAGCAUUUGGUCUAACAUUUGUCAGAAGAGCACCACAACUAUACUUCUGUCCUGUUUUUUAUUGAAUGUUGCAAUGCACUCAUUUACCUAUUCAAAUGCAUGUCAGCAAAGACUGAAAGAUGUCUGAAGAUCAUAUUCUCCCCCUGCUGUUGGAUUAUAUUUACUAGUGUGUUCAAGGAUCACAAGGAUGGAGUGACAGCAUUUAUUAAGCUUUUGACUGACCAUUACCCUGAGCUUCAGCAGAUUGCAUCCUGCCUAGACACGCUGAGCUGUAAACAAUUGUUUCUCUAGCACAGAACACAGAAAUCAUUUAAGAGUUUGUUUUUGUAAGAAAAAUCCCUAUUGUGUAAGAAAAGACCAUAGAUCUUAGCCUAAAAGUACUAUUAUAUGCCACCACAGUCUCCAUGAGCAGUGUGAGAAUCCAGGGGUUCCAACUGUUUACACAGGGUUGGGUUUCCUUUGGAAAGAUUGAGGCACAGCGGUUAGUGUCUUUAAGAAAUAUGGUUUUAUUAAGACAUAAUUACACCUAGAAGUGGGCAGUGGAGGCUGUGCAGCAAAUUAUACCCCAAGAGUGUCUUCCAUUUCCCCUCUCAUUUCCCAUUGUCUCUCAGUGCAGCUUCCUCUGACCAUUGCUGCAUGGAGUUCUGGCCUGCCCUGCAGCUCAUAGAGGUCUGGCCUCUGGCCUCCUCCUCCUUCCCAGCACACCUCUCAACAAAAAUCCAAGACUCCUGUAAAAUGACAUUCUUUCCUGUCACCUUUCCACCACAUUAGCAACCCUUGCUUUCCACAGAACUGAUAAGGUUCUUUGACAUGUAGAUGCCUUGUCAUUGUUUGACAAGGCUUGCAUUCAAUAGGCUGGUUUGCCCAGGGAUUCCUUGUCUGGCACAGUUCUGUAGCUUGUAUUUUCCUUCUUAGCGCAAAUAUUAGCUAGAUUAGCUAGAUUCAUUAUACUACAAAAUUUUGUUGUAGGUCCCACUUACACUUUCACUACUACCUCAACCUCUGAACUUUUCUUCUUUCUUUAUUCAAGAAUCUGAAUUAUCAAAAAGUGGAGAACAAAGUACUUGCCUAGACAUGAAGAGCAGCCAAGAACCUAGUCUGACUGAAGCAAUCUUUGCAGUACUUUCUUAUUGUACUUUAUCUCCCAAAUCACUUGGUGGUGUUCUUGAAAACUACAUGGAAAAAGAACAGAUGUGGGAUUGUUUAUACAAUAUAUCAGGUAUGAAAAACGCAGUGAAAUUUUCUUUCUUUCGGGGGUGUAUCCAGUCUUUCUGGGAGUGGAGUUCUGUUUAUGUGAUUCACCAAUUCCUACCCCUUGUAGUUACCUGUACCACACUCCCAAUUUGCCCCAGAGGUCUUCUUCCAGUUCUAGGUAGGCAGCAACAUAUGUGUGGGAUGCUUUAG